CUUCUUUAUCUCACCCUCACUUUCUCCCUCUCCCUCAUCUCUUUUUAUCCUCCUUCCGUCUCCCUCGUCCUUUUAUCCCCGACAAUAACAACAUUUGGCCACGAGUCACCAAGCCCAUUCGUUCCCAUACAUUCACAUGAAUGGCUUUUCCUCGCCCCCCCUCUCGUGUUGCGGGAAUGGUUUAACCCGUUAUCCACAGCAGCUACAGAGAGACAGGCAGCACAAAGGGAGCGCACACACUGGUCGUUUAGUGGGGAUAUAAUAGGACAGCAUGAUGUAAACAUGGAAUAAAAACCGCAAGGCUGUAUUUCCAUUUCCCGUUUUGCUGGUCCAUUAACGGCGUUCAAUAUUACAUGAGGUGCUGACUAACAACAGCGUCUCUGUCUGGACUCGAAAAGGCAACCAGUGAGUGAAAAAUAGACGCAAGAGUGGAGGAGUUGAGCUUUGUUUCAUAUCUCCGCUCCGGGGUUCUCCUGGAGUUGCUGACAGUUUUUGGACCGAGUCUGGUUCAGUUCGAGAAGAAUGGUGUGUUUUUCGAGCUGACUGAACAGACGAGUGGAUAUUUUUCUUGUUUUCUAACAUCAGUUUUCAGUAUUUUGGACUCCAGGGGGACAAAAGAAGACGAGCUCAUAAGAUGAAUCUUUGAAGGUAAGUGAGUUUUCUUUGUUCACCUCGUAUUAAUUAGCCUUUUUGAUGUUCGAAUGUGUGUUUUUAAGCGUCUGCUGCCACGAAUCUCUUUUUCUGGUUUUGUCCCAAGCCGUCCAGAAAUGAAUGGGGAGAAGGUUCUCAUGUUGCCAGUAGGCUUAUGCCCGUCACUGUAAUUGCCUUUGAGAACGAGACACAUGGAGGAGUAGCCCAGCUCUUCCAUUGUUUUCCCUCUAUUGUUUUCAAACCGUUGUUAUACGGACCAUUUGGAGGUCCAAACACUUCCAGACCCUUCAUCGGUCACAUAUCAGUGGACGCUGGAUGAAUCCUUCAUGAUGUGUGGGAGUGAAUAAUUUACAAGACUAAACUCUGAAUUUGAUCCCCGUGUACAUAAUUGGGUUGGACUGCGUGUAAACACUGGGAGGCAAAUUGAUUUUCAGUCACGUGCGCCCAUGUUCUGUCCACAUCUGUCUUUCUGUCAGACACUUUCAAACAACAAACAUCUGGACCACAUCCAAAACCCAAUCCAAAACACCGUGAAAUCAAAAUAAAAAAAAAAGCAAAAAUCAUUAAUAUUUCUUGGAAUUUUUCCUCAUCUGCUCUCCUCUUCGGGGCACAGUAACAGCACAUGAAACAUCACCAUAAUUAGUACUUUGCCUGAGCAAAGCACAAGUAAUUACAGGCAGCAAUAAGCCUGCAGAGCUAAGUGUGCAGGCAUUUUUCUUUUUAUUGCCUUUGUUAAACAUGCAAAUUUUGUCUCUCUACCACAUGCUGCCCCAGUUCUGCCGCUAACAUUAUUCAUAGAGAAGUGCAAUUAUCUGCUUCACUCCACAUGUUUUCAGUGCUAAUAAUGUGUUCACAUGUUUGGAAAUGUAGCUAGGGUGUGUAUAUGUGACCAUGGCUGUCUAUGUAAUCCUAAAAGUGAUGUAAACAUAGCCUACUGUAAAUAUCUCUUUUGAUGCUGCAGAAAGGAGGAGAGGAAACAACAUCACAAAAGAGGGAGAAGCCGAGUAGAUAAGACCACUGUGAUUAAACUACGAUGUGCCUCUCAUGAGCUCUGCAAAUUCCUCACAAUUUUAGCAUAUAUAAAACAUCUUCACCACCUGAAAGAAUGGAAAAUGAGCAGACACAGUGAAUAAUAAAAAAAGUGAAAUUACACCUCUGAGCUAGAGAUCUCUCCAGAAAUAAUGAUGGCUUCAAGUGUCUUGCAGUAUUUGAACGGAGGACACAGAGUAAAACGACUAAGUGUAUUUGAAACCACAGUUUAGCCAGAGUGCACCAGUGUCAAUCCACAGACUGUCUUACUUUAAAGCGCUGUAAUAAGUUUUAAUAGGACUGCCCCACAGUUUGUGAUUAAUCCCUGGGACAAACUUUGAAGCUGUGGUUUUGGUCGUGGGAAAUGACAAGCAUGAUAAACCUUUGUUAAACUUACACACACACAGACUUUACUGAAAGAAUUAAGUCAGAUCACACAGGGAAACCUCACCGGUGGUAUUGAGGGAAAGAAAAAAAAGUCAAAGAUUUAUUUCUCAGUUCCAGUGAUGUCUCAAAAACAAAACAGAAAUUUUCUUGUCAAACCCUAUUUUUCUUGGAUGCCAAAUGGCACCAACUCUACUCUUUCUGCAAUAUUUCCACAACGUUCAAACUUGGACAGCUCUUGACAUCACACCUCAGUCUUAUUGCCAUGUUAUAAUUUGUGAGGUCUAUGUUUAGAUAUGAUAACAAGGAGGAUGUGAACAGACCGUCUGUGGAUGGGAAUGUGACAACUUUCUGGGACUCAGUCCCACACCUCCAACAAAUCAAUUAAAAACUGUUUGAAUGAUAUCCCCAUAUGGGCUUUCUGAUGGUUAUGUAACCAUAACUGAGAGCCAAGCAGUCCUCAGACUUAGGACAACAGCCAGAGGAACAGGUUUGGAGCUGAUGAGAUGAGAAGUCUGGACAGAAAUCAGAAAUUUCAUCUUUCAAUGUCAUUCAGCUUCCUUCGUCACUGACUCAAGUGUGUAAAAAAUCUGGUGCUAUAAAAUCAUUGUCUUUAGUUUUGAUCUGAACUUCUUCAAAUGGCCGUUUCAUGAAAUUCAUGGAGAAAAAAAAAUAUCCCAUUAAAACAAACCAAAAUUUAAUUCUAUGUUACUUCAAACUGUAAAAAAUAAAGUCACCAUCCAAUGUUUAGAUUCACACUAAGAUAGAUCAAACCAAGAGAUUCUAAAAUAGACCUCAGUGUGGAGGUAAGCAAUAGAUGGAUGAGGAUUACAGACUUUCAUUCACACAUUUGUACUAUUCAAGGAUUGUUACUGUUGCUACGCACUCACUGUGCAGCACAUUGAUGAUGGGUUACAUAAGUCCAGUGAACAUCAGCCAAAAAGACUUUAGACUGAGCACAAAAUGUCUACAGGGGUUUCUCUUUUUGACAGAGCUCGUGUGCAACUGGCCUCAGUGUUUUUGUUCUGUGUAAAAGAGAAAGAUGAAUGAGAGGUGAAGGAAAGCGACCUGAACCAGAGAGUGGAAGGAGUGCAAAAACAAAGAAAUAACAGAAAUGAGGAAAAAUGGCCAAAGAAUAGUCAAGAAAGAGGGAAAGCGUGUGAGAAAGAGGGGAAGAAAAAAGAGACAGGGUGAAAGAAAAACAAGGAGGAAAGGGUAACGUCAAUCCUAAUCCCAUUUAUCCACACCAGCGCUGUCCUUUCACACCACACCACACACACACACACACAUACUGGUUUAUGCUGGUGAAAUACUGUAUAUCCCUGUUUGGUAUGCAGCUCACUCUUAUGCUGUCCAUAUGUCCAUAAAAUUAUGCGAUUUCUCUAAACACUAAAUGCACUGUAGCAAAGGCGCUGUUAUGACUCACACUCUCUGACCAUGUGUGUGUUUGGCCUCCAUAAUGUCUGAGCAGACACAUCUGCUGCAUCUGCAGACCGUCAUGCAGAGAUAACAACAAUAUCUGGGCAAAGAUGUGGCUGCAGCUGUGCAGCUCUCUUCAACAGCAAGUAUGAGUGCUGCGUGUUUGUUUUCUUGAUAUGACUUUUUUGGAUUAUUUGAUCAUCCUGAUAAGGACUGCGGCUAAUAUUUAAUUUAAAACCUAGUCAAUUGAACAUCCAUCAUUUGUGAUGUAAGCUAAUACUGUGUGUUUGUGUAUGAGUGUGCUAAAAUUGGCAAAUAUCAACAAAGAGUGAACAGAGCUAACAGAGCUUCAAUUGAAAGCAGUAAUACAGGACGGGUCUACAGAGAGAUACAGAGCUGUGAGCAACACGGUUAAUAGAAACAGUGAGGAGUAGACAGAGAGCUUUUUUAUACAGGCUCUGUGCACUUUUAUGGGAUUUCUGUAUCUGGGUAAGUGCCUGUAUUGUCCUGUUUUUACACCAUUAGCAAACCUGUCGGAAAAAAAAACAGCUUAUGUGCUCAUUUUUUACCCUCUUUUAGAUUUUGUAGGUAUUUGUGAAAUACUGCAAUUUGCUAUCUUGCAACUCCACCUUAACCUUAAUAUUUGAAAAGCAGAUAACAGGUUCAAACCUCAGUUGGUUAACAGCUUUGGUUGAGCGCUGGUUUUAAAUGAAGGAUUUCUAUAGCAAACAGCGAGCAUGUAAGAUGAAAUUGAGUUUGAAUAUCUCAUCUCAGGGUAAGAGUAAACAAGGAUAAAUGCGGUGUCAGGAAGUCUGUGGGUAAACAAUGUUACUUUGGCUUGCUGAUUGUGGCUAAUGUUAGAAGUGCUGACACCACCAAUCUUGGGUCCUUCUUUUCGGUUAAUGCCAACAUGCCUGUUCCAACCAGACACAGCCCACAUAUAAUCAUAAUAAUAAUGCAUCAGAUUUCAUAUAGCGCUUUAUCAGAGACCCUCAAAGCGCUUUACAUUGGAUACAUCAUUCAUUCACUCACACAGUCACACCCUCGGUGGUGGUAAACUACCUUUGUAGUCACUGCUGCCCUGGGGCAGACUGAAGGAAACGUGGCUGCCAGUUUGCGCCUACGGCCUCUCCGACCACCACCACCACACAACAGUCACAUUCAUACACCAGUGGAGGACACACACUGGGAGCAAGGUGGGUUAAGUGUCUUGCCCAAGGACACAACGGACAGACUAGGGACAGGACGAGGCUCGAACCGCCAACCUUUCAGUUAUCGGCCGACCGCUCUACCUCCUGAGCUACUGCCGCCACACAUAUAACUUGAAGACCCACUAUGAUGAAAGUCAUGUAUUUUUUUUUAUGUCAUUUUUCUGAUGCUACAGAACAUAUUAUGAGUAAACUCCUCUCUCUUCGCUGCAGGACAGAAAGAUUUAGAAGAUCUUUUGUACCAACAGCCAUCAGACUUUAUAACUCUUGUGUAAAUAGUAGAUAACUGUUAAGAGACAUAUUUUGUGCGACAACAGACAACUAAAUUUUCCUUUGGGAAUUAUUAAAAUUAUUCUUAUUCUUAACUAAGUGCGAAAUUGCAUUUCUAAAUAUUACUGCAUUAUAAGACAAGCCCUUGAAAAUAGCACAGAUAAUGUGAUUUUGGCUAAAAACUUUAUAAUCACAAUUUAAAAACCACUGAGUUGGACUUUAAUCUCUAUUUUCAAGAACGAAAUUUGGUUGAACUGUGUCACACUACAAGAUGCCAUCCUUCAUCUUGUUUAUACCCCUGAUAAUGGAGCCUUUUCCUUGUUAUGAUAGCAGCUACAGCCCAUAUAACCAGGCAGGAAUUGUGGUGCUGAUUGAACCUUGCCACCAGAGAGGAUGGCAAGGUUCAAUCAUUCGGUGGAAUAAAGCUGCAUAUUGGCAGUAAGGACCCAAAUACUUCCAUCACUUCAGGUUUUUAGGUUACUUUCAAGACUUGGUGCAAUGUUGGUCAGAAAAUUUGAGAGGAAAAAAGCUGAAUAAAAAUGAUUAUAUGGGAAAUUGAGACAUUAUACUUUCAAGGAAAUGGCAAUUUCUUUUUCCACUGUCAGAAUCUCUCUGAGUGUGUCUGAUAGAUCAACCUUCAUACAUGAACGGAAAUGAUUAAAAACAAAAAUGCCGGUAAAAGACAUUGCUUGGUGAGUUGUUCAUGUAUUUUGAAGGAGUUUUGAGGAGCACUCGUGAAGUUGUGAGGUCAUGGAGGAUAUUCUGACAGAGACGAAUGUGUCUAUGACAGGUUGAGGACGAAACUCACACUGCUGCUCUUGGUAGAUACAGAGUUUGAAGAGCGAUAAAGACAGAAAAAAAGAGCAAAGCGGUGAGAUAAAUGAUACUGGCGAGGGACGAUGAAAGACAGCAAAUGAGCUGUAAUCUGAUAAAAGCCUCUUUACUCCUAUGUCACCUCACCUUCAAGCCACAAGCAAUGACCAGAGAUUACAGAUGGAUCAAUGCUGAGGCCACCGACAUACAGCACACACUUACACAGACACACACACAAACAAACUCUGAACUCACUUCAGGAGCUCUGUUACUGCCAAUACAUGUAAAACCUGAUGGUUUGCUGCUCCGUCACUACACAACCACCUCCAUGCUUUGCUGUUACACUUUUAAGUAGAGUGCUAAAUCAUGUCUGGACAUAUUUCUCCCUUUGUGUGUGUUUGUAUGCAUGUCUGUUUGUGUGGGUGUGAAGGGUCUGUAGGUCACUCAGACAUCUCAAUAAACUCUGUGCUCAAAAGGAGAGAGGGUGAGUGUGAGGAGGAAGUUUAGAGCUCCCAUACUAAUCAGUCUUCUGCAUUUAAACCUAAUGACCCAGCCAACCAAACGACCCAGGGAGAGGCUGUUCUAUUGUGGGUGUCCUCGACUCAGAGUUACAUCUUACAGACACACAAAAGGCGCAUGAAAAUGGUGUUAUCAAGAAAAAGAGUGCAGAGAUUUAAAAGAUUUUUCUUCAAGCAGAUAAGAAAAGGGUGAUCUGAAGACAUUUAACAGUUAAGGGAAUUAAAAACUUGUUAAAUAAGAGAUGGUCUCGGACAAUUUUUUACUUCAGUACCCAGAUGCUGCUUCCAGAAAGUGCAAAUUUGCAGAUAGCCUUUAUAGCCUCAUGCAAUUCUUAUUGUUACUAUGCUGCCUGACUCUGCAGUUCUUAGUUUCAGACCAAAAAUCGAGCUAUGCACUCAAAACAUCAGGGUUACGUUAGCAGCAACUUGGCUGACUCCUCUUAAUGGAAGCAUAUAAAGCAUGGGCAUAUGUGAAGUGAAGCGUCACCAUAUUCAAAACGCUGACUACAAGAAGUAACUACAACAGCUAUUCUAGAAACCAGAAUGAGGAAAGGUUGAGGCUGCAGUUUCACGACAACAAUCCACCAGUCCAAACAGUCUAAUCAUGCAUGACUGUCUAACUCAAUACAAUCAAACCAAAAAGUGAUUUGGAAAUCUACCCACCCUGCAGCAUGCUGCUUAUGAGUUUCAUAUGUCUUUUUUUGGCUUAUGGUGCCACUCUAAAGUGGAUGUUUGAAGAACUGCAGGUUUCUACUCUGGCUUUACUUUUCAUUGAUGGCUGUUUGUGUGCCAAAAGGUCAGAGUAAAAAGGAUUUCUGACUUUAUUUGGAUUUACUCAAACAACAGUGAACCUCACAUUUAGUGGUAGCACAGUUCGGUUGUUGUUUGCUUUCAUUAUACAAAAAAAAAAAAAAAAAAAACUCCUGAAAUCUGUCACCUCUAAAAAUAAGAGUAAUAUUUUACCAUUCAUGUUUUGUUUUUUUCACUUGUAAAAUAUUCAAGUUUGCAAAUGUUUCUCAGCCAGGCACUGCACAGUGUAAGAUGUGAUCAAAACAUGAUUAAAACUUGAGGAGAGGAAAUUGGCAGGAUGGAAAUUGGACGGAAAAAGAAAGAAGAAAAGCAAUCAAGAGAAGUGGGGACAAAUCUCACCUCAGACUUCUCAAGUGUGUGGAACGAAAUUAUUGGAAGCACGUAAUGAACACUUUGAAACUUUGCCCAGUCAAAAUGUGUUAUUAUCUACUAUUACCUGGCUUUCUUUGACCAAUCAGUAUCAAAUAUCAAAUACUUGAUACUGAUUGGUCAAAACCCCUUAACUAUGGCUAUGAAUGCUUAAUAGCAAAGGCCACACUUAGGACGACCUGAUCAUGUAUGUCACACAUCAUAACAAUCAGCAGCAAGUAGUUCAGACACAUCAAGCUGACUGUUAAUGGUUUUACCUCUUCAUACCGACAGUAUGACACAAACAUUACUUUCCGAUAGCAGCAGUAAACAACAUGGUGGACAUUUUUUAAUGAUGCACUGCGCUUAUUUGCAGAGUACAAACCUUCAGCAUGGUGUUUGACCAUCGAACUUUAGAGAAAAUAAGACAAGACGGAAAAUUAAGUGGGAAUACCUUAGUGGAGUCAGAGAGAUGUCAACAUAGACUGUAUAUAGAAUGGACGCCAUCUGCCUCCUUGCUGGGUGAAGCCACCACGAGAACAGCACCCUCUGGUGAUGGGCUGCAGUAUAGGUCAUAAUUCCCGCCUCCUCCAGCAAUCCCUAUGGUGUUGUGGACAGACUUAAGAAAUUAAUUACACAGAAUAUAAAAUUUUCUCCCCCCCUGGUACCGAUGUUGACAUAUAGUUACUGUAAGACUGGUUUGUGCUCAAGUCCUCUUUUUUCUGUGCAGCUCCAUUUUUAAAAGUUAUCAGGGGGCUCAUGUUUUCUAUGAUUGACACUUGAUACAGCCUAUUGACGAAGAUUGGGUAGCUCACUCAGGGGGAUAUGCUGGUAAAACUGAGCAUCUGAGUGAUUCUGUUUCAAAUUUGUGAAACUAUGUAAGGUGGAACCAAUUUUUCCAUAGUAUAUACAUUUAAUGGACAUCAACCAAAUUGAAGAAAGCAGACAAAGCAGCCACAAACUGCAACACAAAUGAGUACAGGCUUUGGCAGUAUUAGAGGGCUGGGUAAGUUAUGUAGAAAUGCUGUAAGAAAAAUGACAGGGGAUCUUAAAAAAGGUUCUGCUGUUAUCUUCAGCUCCUGUUAAAAAUGUAAGCUGAAAACUUUUAUGUUUUUACUUUACCAUGAAUGAGAAUACCAUUGCCACGAAGCACCACAAACUAGUGCUGGGCGAUAGGACGAUAGAUAUCGUGGGCACGAUAGAAAAUGUCUAUCGUGCCAUUUUUAUUUUUAUCGUUUCGGGCGAUAGGCUGUAUUUUAUCCAUAGGGCUUGUGCCAUCAGAUGAUUCAUAGUAGCAACAACAAUAAUUACACAUUCAGUAAGUGUAUUUGGUGUCGAACGGGAAAGAAAACAAUAUUUUCUUACGAAGAAAAGGAUGCGUUGACAUGUAGGCUUGCAUUUCUCUUUCGAUUUUGCGACAUGACGCCGCUUUACGUGCCCUCUUUGUGUCCAGCGUCUCCCGCCGUUGCGGGUUACCUGAGUUACACACGUGAGGGGAUCAUUGUAAGCAGUGCUUAAUUUGUGCCGGAGCAAGUCGGAGCGCGAUCCGGGACCUCUUUUGAUCGGAUCCGGGACCUAUUUCAGCCGUUCCGGCACCUGUUUCAUCUGCUCCGGGACCUUCCCUGUAGAGGAUGACAUUUUUCGGGAAUUCCCGUGGGUCACGUGAUUCCCGCGGGAAUCCCACGGGAUGGGAGUCGUUUUUUAAUUAAUCCCUUGAUCGGGACGGGACGGGAAAAAAGCAACGGGAGUGGGCAGGAGCGGGAACAACAUUAAAAGAUGAUCAUUUUCGGCCGUGUUUAACAACCAGAUGAACAGGUGCGUCCAUUUUUGUAGUCAUCUCUCAGUGAGAGCCAACACUCUUGACCGCGCUAGCAACACAAAAGAACUACAACAGUGGUUUGACUUCCUGUCAGCUGGGAGCGCGCCUGCGCAUUUCUACCCUUCAAGCCAGCAGCGAGGAAACGUAAUUUUGUGACAUUCUGUAGUUUUUCAAUCAUUUCUGGAGUCGUGGCGAAUCAAAUCACCUUACCUGUCUGCCCCUGAUAGGCGAAUAAAGCGUUCGGAUUCAUGCUCGGGUCUUCCUACGUGCUUCAAGAGUAAAGUAAACAAUGAUGGAGGCAGAGAGCAGCUUUGGAGGAGAAACAUCUAGCAGUGUGAACAACCUCUUCAAAAGAGCCCUAAAGACCUACCUUUUUAAUAAAGCCUUUGGUUAGUUUUCCUCUAUGCUUUAUGAUUUUACUACCUGGCCUCUUACAUUGCAACUCUAUAUUUUUUAUUUUUUUUAAAUUCUUUUUUUAUGCCAAUCUGUGACUGUCAUUCUAUUGCUUUUUUUAUUGUUGCUGCUCUUUUUUUACUGUGUACUGUAGCACUUAACAUUUACAAAAAAUCUCAAAGUGCAUUACAAAUUAAAUUUAUUAUUAUUAUUAUUAUUAUUAUUAUUAUUAUUAUUAUUACUAUUAUUAUUAUAGAGUGCUUUGGCUCACACUAUCGGCGUUUUCUGUGAGUGUUGCAUAACUUUGGGUGAGCACAGACAUGAACGCACUUCAGCCACGUAUUUAUUUAUUCAUUUUUCUAGUUUUAAGUGCUCGUCUUGUACUGGUACUGUACUAGUGCAGCUGUAUACACUUAAAUUUUUCAUAGAACUGAAAGCAUACCAUAGCUAUAUCGUGAUAUAUAUCGUUAUCGUGAUAUAAAAUGAUCCAUAUCGUGAUAUACAUUUUUUUCCAUAUCGCCCAGCACUACCACAAACCAUCCAAAAUCAAUAAAAUCAUGUUUGGAUCAAUGCUCACAAUCAACUUGUUUGUAUGUUUGUUAGUCUGGUAGUCAGUGUGGUAAUGUAGAGUUAGUACUGCCCAAAAGAAUCCCUUUAAGAUGGGUUUCUAAGGGAGACAAGACCAGACCUAUAGUUGUGGAUAUUCUAUUUGGCACAACCACCGGCUAACUAUUCAAAUUUCAUGUAAUGCUAAAGUACUAAGUUAUACUGUUCCUUAUGUGUGUCUACUGUUGUAAAGCAGCGUUUGUUCAGUAAGUACAGUAGUUUUAACUCAUCAGUCUAUUAAUCCAAGAUGCAACAGCCGCCUCAUUUCCCAUACAGUAAAACAAGCCCUUUGUGCUUUUCUUGUUACCAUGCCAACUGACCAGGGAUCUGGUCCAGUGAUUAUGUAGUGCACAUAAGCCUUUCAGUGAACGAAUGAAUAACUCUUUAGUUCAUUAAGUUUCACAAGAUAAAAUAGUGUUCAUGCUUCAAACUUCCUGCGCACUCAAACAGCAACUUGAUGAAGAAAAUCAAAGGAUUGCAGCUUUUUUAACAUUGAUCAGAAAGAUUGAGAAAUAGAAGGACAAGCUCCUGAACUUUGUCAGGUUUACUAAGACGUCACAUGUAGCAGUGUUAGCAUCUAAAACAGCAUAUUUCACCUAACAUUGGAGGGAUAAGCAAACCAUUGUCUUUUUCAAUGUAAUGGUGACAACUUCAGUGCAGUUGCUAUAAUUACACUGUAAAUUCAUCCCCCGGUUUCUUCAUUCUUUGGUCGAUUUCAUGAGAACAGAUGCUUUAUGGGACUCUUUUGAAGUCUUUGUUUGUAUACAGCUAACUCGAAUCCUAAGUAGAUUCUAUUCUUAAUUCUCUGAAACAGCCUCCUCUCACACAUACAUACACACACACACACACACACACACACACACACACACUCACACUCACUCACUCACUCACUCAGUAGUAGUCUUCCCAGUGACAGAUGGGCUAGAUGGAAACACAGUCAUCCUGUUAGUAACCAUGACAUCAGCAACACUGUUACUCAGUGUCACAUGCACAUGAAUGCUUUCAAAAACAGGACAAAGGACUAACAUUGUGGAGUUACUGUCAUUUUUCUGAAUCCAGAGCCACACAUCAUUAGUACAUGAGGCUGGAUAAAAUGGCACAGAAAAGAAGCCCAUGAUUGGCCAAACAGAGAUGUGAAUAAAGCCAAAAAACAACAAGGAAGUCUGAUACAAAUCUUUUCAUUCAUGAGUCACACAAUACAAGGACAGUUCGAGGAAAUCAUUCCAGUCCUUUAAUUAUUCAUCAGACACAGACACACUGGCCAUUUGCACAUAUUAGAUAAAACGGUUGCUCAAUAAUCUUCAAUUCUUGGGGAGGUGGGCUGCAUCAGACUACUCGUGGCUCCUUUAGGAUAUACGGUGGUGGUUAUUUUCAGCAACAGCUAGAAAAACAUAUUCAAAGUAACUGGCAUGUUGAUUUGAACAGGUCUAAGUGAGCAUGAGACAAGAAGUCCAUGGAUGAGGCUAGCUGGAGUCAAAUAAUGAUGUUUGGUGUAAGCUCAUGCAAAACACAGAAAUUGUACGCCCCUGCUGUGAACAGAUGGCUUCUGAUUGAAUAAUUGUUUCUGAUUUCUCACAACAAAACAAUCCAUUAACUCUCAUUUUUUCCUCUAACUGAUCCUGGCUAACCCAGUGCUGCCCACACUCUGCUGCUCUGCUGCUGGUAAAGCCCACCCCGGCCUCCUCCUUCCUAGUCUGAAUGCCCUGUUUUUACCCUUAUGAGGGGUUUUGAGGAGUACUUCCUGGAAAGCUCUAGCAUGCUGCUUGGCUAAACAUGGAGCACUUUAUAAAAAUAGGGCCUUUGGCGCUGUAACUGUAUGGUGACAAAACGGCAAUUAAUUAAAUAUCUUAAAGGAGAGUGUUCCUGACUGAAAUAUUUGCAAAUAUGAAAUUACAAAAGCCAGUAUUGAGGAUUCACCCUCUAGAGACCAUGCAAAAAAAAAAAAAAAACAUUGAAGUUGAUGUCCAAACAGAGACAUUUCUUAAGGAGGAAAUGUGAUUACAGUCUCUGGUUGGCUUGACAGAAGAAGAAGGCUUGAUAUCUCAGUAACAGCUUUAGUGGACUUAAAGAGGUUUAACUCUCAAACAUUUCACCUCAGACUAACCACGCUAAUUCUCUAUCCCGUUUUAGCCUACUGACCUCUUUAACCCAUUGAACUCUUCAUUCUGAAGGUUGUUCUGUAUUCUGUGGGAUCCACAAACAACUUUAGGCCUGAUCUACUAAAGGUUUCCGUGUGCACAAAUACGUGCAACCUUGAUAGCGCACGCAAUGUUGAUCUACUAACCGAGUGCACCGAGGAUUUCAUCUGUCAAAUGAGCAAAACAGCGCACGCAAUCGAUUUAGUGUGUUUGCCUUCAUGAAUAUCCAGAUUGUAUGUAGAUCAUCAGACCGCGCAAAAUACUGGGAGGAGUAGAUGCAAAUAAAAUCAUUAAACACCCGCAAUGUGAUUUAUCGAACCCGGAAACCGAUUGCGGUCACUGUUUUGCAUCUAUAUUAAGCACAUUUGAAAGGCACGUGCAAACUGGUACAGUAUUAUGCACGGUCAUUGUGGGGAGAAGGAGGCAGAAGUGCAAUGAUAGACGACGGAGAGAGAGAGUCUGGACUGUCAGAAAUUAAAAAUAGUAGAGUAAUAGUCAUAGUAAUCCUGGGUGACCUAUAGGCUGAUUUGGAGCCAGUCACAAAAAUGAUCUGUGCCCUAUCUCCUAAUGAAAAACUCUUUGUAUGAAUAAUAAGGUCAAACACAGACCACAUAAAAAAAUAUAUCUGUUUGUCUUAUUGAUUUGAAAUUGUUUAGUUUGUUGUUUGCACAUAAAAUUUAGCAUUCGCUAUUUGGGAUCUUAAUAGAUCAGGCCCAAUAUAUAGAAAGAUUCAUACUUUAUUUACAUCCAAGAUCUAAUAUCCUCUGUGGCCUGAUGGGCUUAGUACACUUGAAUACAUUUAAAAAUCAAUAUCACCACUUCAAACCAGAGCUGUGAGAGACAGUAGUCUACCUAAUACCUGACAGAGAAAGCUAAAGACAACAAGAACCAAUUUGCAUUUCUGGCUUUGGUUUUCAACGGUUUCUUCCUCAAGCUCCAUCAACAUGUGCAAAUCAAUUAUCUGGAUCGUGAUUUUCUGAAUGGACUGUGUUCAUGGUAUCAGAAAACUACAUUUUCAAACACAGUAGCAUUUUCAGAAAGAAACCGUUUCUAUUACUCAGGACGAUCCACAUAACACCCUGUCACGAGACAAGUGGAGACUUUAUCUUAAGUGGAAAGUACUUCCAGUGAAACCAUUCGGAGCGAGGUCUGUUUAUUAUCCAGAGCAGUGACAACAGCAUUGCUGUGAAAGCACACAGCUGCUGAGAAUUCAAUUUACAGUCACUGUGUCUGAGCUGAGGCAAAAAUCUCUGGGACAAAUAUCCCAGUCCUGAACAAAUGAACCCAAACCCUGCUACAUGAUGGAUUUUACCAGAACUCCUCUGUUUUGGGAGGUGCUUUGUAUGAAUCAAAGUCAGAUUUUCCACUCUCACAAAAACAAGCAAGAGGAGCCCACAAAAUGCUGCAGUAUUGAUUUUGUGAUGCUGAAAGGAAUGAUGUGAGGAAGACUUUCAAAGAGUCUUGUUUUGCUCAGUACUGUAUACACUUUUACUAAAAAAAAAGGUGCUCUUCCUCUGAGUGAACUGCAGCUUUGCCUCUGGAAGUCUAACGUACAACCACUUUAGUUUCCUUUUCACAGAAACUAGAAUUUACUGGAGGUUUCUUUUUACUGAGGAUACCAGCGUGACUUGCACACAUUAAAGCUGACCUCAGACUGUGAGGACCAAAAAUACAACUUUCUUUUGAUUGUUUUUCAGGUCAGGCAUAUUUACUCUUACUCUAGUUUUUCCUGCAAACCCUCUCAAAAAGAAGCAGAAGUUCACACUUGUACUAUCAUGUAAAACUUCUCUGAUUCUGUUGAACAGCAUGUCGUUGUUUUCAGUUUUCCCAUAUUUCCUGUAGUCCGCCUUCUUUUUGCAUGUUUCUUUGCUCUUUUCCAAACCCGUCCGAUCCUCACCCUGGAGAGCAGAGUGUCCUCGUUCUGGUGAUGCUCUGUCGCCAUCACUCAGCGUGGGGCCUCUGAAAUAUUUAUGCUGACACACAUACACACACACCUAGAGAAACACUGGCACAAACCUGUCAUAUUUCCGUGCCUCAGUUUUCCCAUAUCAAUAGAAGAUUAGAAAAUAUAAUUUAUCUCACAGCAGGUUUGGAGAGGGAAAGCGUCGCACGUUUGCAAAUAUGUACACAGAGACAGAGGAGACCCUCCACACUCCUCUGAAUUAUACAGAGACAGCUCGAUGUUUACUUCAUAUUUUCAGCUUGAAUCUGAAAUUAAUAUGUUAAUGUAGUUAUCAGUGCUGAAUGUUGCAUUAAUACACACUGACGUUCGUUCAGGGAGAGCAGCGUGUUUCAUGCCAGCUAUUUCAGUCUAAAGGGCACCGUCCUCUUCAAUAGAGAAAGAUCAAAGAUGUUAUCAUCAUAGAUCUGUAGAAGGCAGCACACUCAUAGAGGUGGAGGUGAAGUCAGACUGCACUGUAGCAAACACAGCUCCAAGACCUGCGAUACAAGCUGGCAUACAGCAGAACAAAUCAUAAAAGCCUUAUUACUGUGCCAGCAGAGCUGCGAUUUGAUCUGUGACCCCAGACUGUCGACUCAUCUGGAAGAGAGAAGAACAGAAGCAAAAACUCCAACAGAGAGCACAUCAACACGCCGAAAGGUUAUUACGCUGCCUGUGGGUUUGAUAUGUAACCCUACAUUAUUUGCCUGUUGAGCUGACAGAAGCAUGUAAGCAAGGAUAGGGCUGUGAUUUGUGUCAGAGGUGCUGUGCUGUGAUUUGGUGCGCCCCGUUUGUCAGCAGGGAGGAGAAGCGAGCUUGUGAAACAGCAUUUGGAUGUUGGUUCAUGUAACAUAUGAAAGCCUUUAAAGUCGAGCUGAAAAUGAAAUCUUUCUGGGUGUGGAGUGCAGUAAAAAAAAAAAAAAACAGCGUAACCUGUGUUUGAACAUUUUGAUCUCCUGUAGCACAAGUGAACCAGAAAAACAAUGUGAAGGCACAGAGGUAACCACAAACCCCUGCUUUAACUCAGUCCUAUGAGCGUGCAGAACUAUGCACUGUAGUAAUUAGAUAGUGAUUUAUUGUUUUCUCUCUAUGGGAGCUUAGUGUCACAGAGUAAUGUUUAGCGCCUAACAGAAGCCUUUAGGUGUAUUUAUCUCAGAGAAACCAACAGUAACAGAGCUGUUCUCCUGCGCUGGUGUUAAUUUGCAGUGCGAUGUCUUCCCCCGCAUGUUUUGGAGGCAGAGCACACUUUUAUAAUCCCAGGAUGAUUCUGGCUGCUUUUGAAUCGCACGAGCAGAAGUGAGCGCACAGCACAUCUGCGACAAAAUCUCACCUUCGGAGGAGGCUGCAGAUAAUCUUCUACCCUACAUUCACUAUGACUGUAAAAUCUCACUCAUGAUGACUUCAGGUUUUAUUUUAUGGAUAAUUCCGGACAAGUUAAACGGUUUCUGUUGAAAUUGUUUACAGAUCUUAGAUUAGCCACAAGCCCCUUUAUUGUCUGUGUCAUCAUUCUAUCACGGUUGUGAAAACUGCACCAAAGAUUGGGCUGUUUUUGGCCAAAAUAAGAUCAGCACACUCACUUCAGAGGAUUCUCUGAUUUGUUGGGGAAUUACAAAGGAGCAAUGGCUUAAUGGGGUCAGAGGUCAGGACCAUCUUCUGCCACUGGCCUCAAACAAACCAUCAGGGAUUGGUUCUUAACACGCAGAUUCCCAUAGAGACAAGCGCCCCUCCCCAUCUGCAGGGUCCUUGUGCCGCUGCUUGUUGUUAUAGCAACAGACAGGACGUGACAUUGUUGCAUAAUACCCCUGUAUUUUUCAUCUUUGUUGUUCUGAUGUUAUUUGUGGGCUAUUUUCUAACAAUGUCAUCUCUCUGUGGAAGUGACUGCAUAACAGAGGUAGUGAUAGUUUGCUGCAGGGUGUGAGUCAGACAAACAAAAGCCACUGUCAGUUUGAGUUCCUGAGGUGAUAUCUGAAAUCAAAAUGUUGGUUUUUGAGACUUUUGUUUUCCAUCUACCGUGUUGUAGUUUGUCCCACUUUGAGCACCUAUCACACUCAUGGCUUUUACUGGCUCUUGGGGUUUGAUAGAUUUACAAAUUUGGUAAAUGUGGCUUGCUUCAUAACAAACACCAACAAUUCAUGUGACGUUGUCAUGCAAAUCAAAUUUCAUAAAACUGCAGUAAUGCCUCGUAUUUCCCUUGAGUUUGAAAUCCUCCAAUCCUUUUAAAGUUUUUCUGUAACUGAGUUUUGGCAAAUCGUCACAAAGCCAACAUUUAACGCUAAAUAUUUGAAAGAUGCAGAGAAGUCCCUCAUGAAUGGACGUUUUGAUUGACAAAAAACAAAGGCAAAAAUGAAAAUAAAGGCAGCUUCAAAGACUGAAUCCUUUUAGUGCAUUUUCACUUCGGCAUUAUUCUUGUUGGCAGUGCGCUGGAGUCCCUUGUCAUAAAUUCUCAGUUGGAUCUUUCUCUCCUGCGUCAGGAGCCUGUGGUGUAACUAAGCUACAGCCUUCAAGACAUGUUGUACCUCCUCUCUCUGAAACAUGAAGUGGCGAAUUGGAAAUUUUCCAGCUGCUUUUCAGAGAUUUCAUUUGACGUGUACAGACCACAAACCAAAGCAGAUCUCCCAUUUGAUAUUUUAUAUGAAAGUUGUGUUAACUGAAUCUGAAUCCCUCUUCAAGUACUCUGAUUGUCAAUCGAUUAUUUAUUUGAUGACUGAUCCAGGAGCAGAUAAAGCAUUUCUCAGCAUUUUCUUUCCCUGAAAAGAAACAAACAAACAAAAAACAAACAAAAAAAACAAAUCCAAGGUUACUCUUAGCCUCCAAGUGUCUGAUAUAUUAAGUAUUUUACUUCAUCCACAGCUUCAAAUGAGAGAACCUGGCCUUCAGGGCAGCAGGAUGCUGUGAUGUGUAGGUGGAUCGUUCAGUGAAGCAGACAGGCCGAGUUCCUCCUGUCAAUAAGUACUUAGCUGAAGUUUCCGGCUUCUCUGCACUUUAGUCUGAGGAAAACUUCUGAAAUCAAUAAAGCAUCACAUAGUUUCCUCAAAGUGUCAACAUUGUUGUCGACUUGGCUGCUGAGACCGUGUUAUGUAGCAAGCGUGAUGACCACAGAGGAAUAUCUGAUUAUUCAAACACCUACAGAACAAUUAAUCAUCUUCAAUUUUCUCUGAAUCAUGUGCGUCUUGUUUCACCCACAGGGAGCAUCAUUUACAGCAUAUCAUUGAAAAGCUUAAUCUGACUUUAUUGUUCAUCUGGAUCUAUAGGAAGGCUUUUAAUUCACAGUUAGUGAUGAAAGGGGGCUCAGAGGCACAGACUCAGGCUGCUGUUGAAGGCAUAUAUCCAAUAAAAGCUUCUGUGGCUCGGACCUCCAAGUAAUUAACCACAGCGACUGACAUUUAGAUGUCUUAAUGAUACCUGGGACUUUAAAGCGAUUAAUUAUUGAGACACUGGCUAUUACUUACUGGCAGUUGUCCAUAUGACAGCAUACUGGUUUUUAAUCCCGCCACAAGGCUUUUUCAUCAUACUGUGGACUGCUGCGUUUCACUUCACUCAUCCUUGUCCACAGGCCUCCAAGUCAAAUUGAAAUCUGUGAGCUAUCGAACUGAUCAAUAUUCACAUUCGGCUGGUCUUUAUCCUGACUAUUUAAUAUGUCAGAUUUAGACUGACACACUUUAUACUUUAAAUGUGACUGCACAGUAAAGCAGAGGAGUUAUAUUGAUAAAACACGCCAAGGCUGCCCAUGUGCGCAGGUGUGAGCAUGAGUGUGUGUCAUUAUCUCUCUGUGUGCAAUCAGGCAAGAGUGUAUGUGUGUGUAUUCAAGGAUAAAUGCUGGAGUGUGAGACUGAGAGGUUCAGGGAGUCUGCAGGGCUAUAAUAUAGGUAUCUGAUGGCAUUAAAGUUGCAGCAACCUGAAGGACGAAAAACAAAAGGAAAUGGAUUCAGAGUAACAGAACUUAAACUUUAUAAGACAGGGUAAAACUCAAAGAGACUAUAAAAAAAAAUUGUUUAGUGCCUUCCUUAACUUGAGCAGGAGAAAUGAAUACUGCUCCACCUCAGUCCUCAGAGGAGUUUUUAACUGAUCAUGAAAUAUACUGAAAUUAUAACUUCUUCCUCUUUAUGACUCACAACAAAAAGGCAAGGACAGCUUUGAGUAAAAACUUUAUGGUGUGUCGGUUAGCGUGAAAGUGCACUUUUGCUUGGAUGACUUAAUGAGAGAUGUCAUGUUUGAGACUGAGAGCAACCCUGACAACAACAUAAAAGUUGUAGUUUGGCGCUCGAUUCGUGAAAUAAUCAUGAUGUGGAGUCAAACACUUCAGUUUAUUCUGCUUAAGAUGCCACUCCAUUCAACGGUAUCCACACGAGUGAGGCUGUAUGUAAGUGGCCUUUAAUUUGUGCUGUUACUGAGCUGUGUGUGGGUGGGCUGUUAAGAGCAUAUCUCUUUAAUCCUUGAUUCAUACAUACGGUCAUAAGCUUUAUAAUCUUCACUCUAAAGUUGUUUAUUUUUACCAAAUCUUAGUGGUGACUGACGCAGUGACUUAGUGUGCCUUCAGCCACCUUCACACAAAUGAUACAGCAUUAACACAACUGACUUUGAUCUCUUUUAUUAGCCUGUGCCGCAGAUGCUCCCAAAAGAGGACAAAGUUUAAGCCCCGGGCGCAUUUGAUCCGUUAGAAGUCCUCAACUGAAAAGCUAGAGAGUGGAGCUGACACCACUUUCCUAACUGCUCUCUUUGUGUCUCAUUGUGACACAGAGAGAUCAAUUAAGAGUAGAGCUGUCAAUACAGGGCUAUAUCAUGUAACAGAUCAGCUCCACAUUACAUACCAUUAGAGGAAAGGUUGGAAGGCUGCCUGUGCGACAAACGCAGUACCAAAAUGAACUAUGAAAAGAGUAAUCGCUCAUAACUGGAAAAUUGUUCUAACAAAAGCCUCAUUUACCCUCUGGCAACAUUUACAAUUAGAAUCAGUGGAUUAAUAAUUUACAUGAGGUAAUCACAGUGAAAUGCUGCUGCAAUCAAAUCAUCCUUUUCAUUAAUAUUGUAAUCUGUAUUAAAGUUAGUAAACAAAAUGUUUUCCCUUUUGUUUUGAAGGAGGAAAUAUGUGAAUUGUCUUCAUGGAAAAUUAACAAACUGAAGCGCAGAUUGGUUUUUGUUCCUCGUCUAAUAAUGCAUGUGUUUUUGGUGCAGCUGCUCUUGUCUCAGAAGUUUUGCCCUCUGUAUCCCAAAAAUGAAGAAUUGAUUCUUUUGUACUUCCAGCCCAAUGUAAGCUCUCGCCGGCGUAUUGCACUCAUAGAUCUGUGUCUCAAGAGUUUUUGUUCCUGACUUUCAGAAACACUAAAGAGGAAAAAAUAGACUGUUCAACUGCUCAUGUUUUUAACAUCUUUUUACACUUUAAAUUCGGGCUUUCUUCUCUCUGUUUCUUUCUGAGAGCCACAUUUAAUCAAUCAGUCUUUAUUAGUAUAGCCCCAGCUAACAAAAACUGUGGUAUAUCAAGACUUAAAAUAAAGCAUGUCUAGACUAGAAUCUAUCAUAUUAUUUACAAAAACUCAGCAACAAGAAAAGAUCAAAUUCGAUCUCUUCCUGUCCUGUCUUUUUUCAUGAGUCAUAUUUGGGGAUAAUUUUGCCUUUUUUUUUUUUAGAUGAAAGCUGAAGAGAAACAGGAAAUGUAGGGAGGGGAGAACAAGGGCAGACAUGAAGCAAAGGGUCAUGGUAUUGAACCAGCAGUAGGGAUGGGUGAUAUGGGCUAAAAAAUGUAUCAUGAUAAGAUUUGCCAUUCUGGCGAGAAUGAUAAAUAAUAUUAUAAUUCCAAUCUAUAUUUUUGACUUGUUUUGUCUUGAGAACAUCAGCUGGAAUAGUCAAAUAAGAUACUCAACCACAAGUUUGAGAGGUAGGUUAUGGAGAAAACUAUUGACAUCAAACAAGUCUCAAAUGUGAAAAUACUUUCAACAUUUACUGAAACUCUUGUUGCAUAGAGUGAACAGCAGCAGAUCCACUGCCCAAUGUCAGGCAUACCUGAUUGUACUCAUCUAAAUCCCAAUCUUGAGGGAAAUCCCUCAUGUGGAGCCUCAUUCAGCAACAAGCUGCCCAGAAACGUCUUCUUCAUUACCUUCAGCCAUGUUUGUUUGUUAUUCUGCUCCGUGUAGGCUAUGGCUGCGAGUCCAUUACUUGCACUUACAUCAUCAACUUGCAUUUAUCAUAUGAGAUGGUAAAUAUUUAUCAUGGAGGAUUUUUCUGAUGAUAUAUCAUGAACGAUAAUUUAGCGCCCAUCGCUAACCAGCAGCUUCUGCAAUAAAGACUGUAGCCUCUAUACAUGGGGCGCUGGACCACAGGGCCAUUAGCUCCCAAAUCAUGUCAAUACAAAUCCACCAUGAGCAGCAUUUAGGAAGUUACAGCAAGUACAUUUACACCUUGUUCAAAAAAAUACAUUAAUUGUAUUAGGUCAACUGACACUGGACUUUUAAAAUAUAUCAGAAAACAAUAAUUCCAAUAAAAGACGGUGUAAAAUACAGAGAUAAUGCAGUUGAGUAAAGUUUUCUCAUCCAUCCUAUUAAUGGCAAAGAAAAACUGUCUCUUAACAGGCAGAGACCUCGAGCAGAACUGGACUGAUGUUGCUCAUCAAUCUGCUUUGACUGUACUGAGACUGGAAAUAGGGACAGAGGAAAUGCAGAAAGACAGAAAAGGCAGACAUUGACGGCAGCAAUAACAACAACACACAACAACAGCUUAUACAGGCUUAUAGUUACAGUCCUAACAAUGAUGGUAAAAGUAUGCACACUCUUCACAAGAACAGCAAAUGAAUCUCAAUAGAUCGAUCUAAAUAUUUGUGACAGUUAAAGUCAGCUGGUCUCUCAUUAGUGCUUCUCAAAAUGAUGUUGAUUAUAGGGGUUUGAUAAUAUUAAUCAAAGCAUUCAGAGUCAAGCUAACCUAGAAUUAAUGUUACAGAAAUAAUAAUGCUGAGACUUAUACAUGGUAGCAUUAAGAGUGGCAGGUCCACAGUGGCAGGCUGUCUGUAACAAUGAUCCAGAGGAACGCACAAGACAAGGGAGCUCAGGGACCCUGAGAAAGAUCUGUGGUUAGCAACUUAAAAAGGCUGUGGAGUUUUAAAGUUAGUACCAUGCACGCAGAUAGAGGAGGGAGAGGGAAUGACAGAGAGUAACAGGAAAUUUCUCUCUAAGGUGUUUGGGGCCAAGAACAAUAACUUCAGUUUUUUAUUUUCCAAAUGUAGGGCAGCAAAAAAGUUCUGAUCAUGCAGGUCAUCAUGUUUCUAAGGCAAACAGUACUCCCAGUUUAGUUAGCUGAUUGGUUUCUCCUGGCUGAAGUGUUGAGUAUAACUGAGUGUCAUCUGCAUCACUGUGAACAUUUACUGACCUGUUAUAUCUGAUAUUACCCAGGGCAAACAUAUAUAAACUAAGUACUGAACCUUAUGGUACUCCAUGGCUAACUUUGCUGUGCGCAAAAGAGGCUGAUCUGAUAAAUAUGAUUUAAACCAAGCCAAAUCUGUCCCUGUAUAAUCCCAAUUAGCUGCUCUUGUCUCUGUAAGACAAUGUGAAGGGCAAUUAAAUUACAUGCAGUACUAAGAUCUAACAGAAGAAGUACAGAGAAAAACCUAACUGUCUGGGGCCAUAAGUUGGUCAUUUCAAAGUUUCACCAGUCCAGUCUCUGUAUUAUGGUGGACUCUAAGCUCCACUGAAAAACUCAAAUGAACUGUUUAUGAUGAAAAAGUCACUGAGACAGUUAGCCACUACUUACUCAAAUGGUAUUUAAAUAAAGGAGGUUUGAUACAGGCCUGAAGUUAGCUAUCAGACAUCUCUGAAAUCUGCAAAAAAAACUAAUCAGUUAUUUUAAGAACUCUGUCAUUUUUUGCUUUUUUAUUUACCUAUUUCUUUUCUAUAUCAAAAUAUGUUACAGGGUUAACACUUUAUUUGACGCCUUUCUCUAUAAUGCAUUAUAAAUAUAUGUAUAAUGCGUUAUAAUCACGUUAUAGCACUGUAUAACUAUAGUCAUAGUCACUCAUAAAUGAUCAUAGUGCUUUAUCAUAAUAAUCAUAACACAUUAUAAAGCAUUUUUUCAUGACUUACAAGAGCAGGUAUUAUAAUGUGUUAUAACUUUUAACAACUCACUGACAAUGCCCACAUAGAUAAUGCAAUGCAACUGUUGUUAACAGUUGUAACACAUCAUAUUACCUGACCUUGUAAGUCAUGAUGAAAUACUUACAAUGUGUUGUGAUUUAUGCCAUAAAGCAUUAUGAUCAUUUAUGAGUGUUUAUAACUAUAGUUAUACAGUGCUAUAACUGGAUUAUAUCGCAUUAUACAUAUAUUUAUGAUGCGUCAUAGAGAUAGGCAUCAAAUAAAGUGUCACCGUUAUAGGUUACCCUAAAUGCUACAAUAGAGAAUACAAAGUCUUGGACCUGAUAACGGUUUUAUUAAUGACUGGUAAACACCCUACAUGGUCAACACUUCAGUAUGUGCUCUGCCCAAGCAGUCCGGCACAUUUAAGAGGAUUUUGUUGCUUUCCUCCUAAAAAUAAGAAUAAGUUACAUGUUGUAAAGAGGACUUGCAGUCAUUUUCUUUUGCCACAACUUCCCACCACAUGCAAAUAUAUGCAAAUGCUUCUGUUGAUCUUACCAUGGCAACAUGUACGUAUGUGCAGCAGUACUUCAGCUACAAGUCAAGCAUUUAGAAAGUGUUGGCAACAAUUUGUUGCAGCCUCUAACAGCAAACCCAAGUGAGUGAUAGUGACUGAAUCACAGUUUUUCUCAGUGCAGUCGAUUCUUCUGCAGCAGAGGUCGUUACAGCUACAGCACAGAGCUCAGAUAUAUCUUAUUUUUUUUCAGUUCUGAAGUGCAUGUUUACUGCUCACUCAGCACUAACAGCUAAGGGUUUAAAAUGAGUAAUCAAUAAUCACUCCUUCCCAUGUCUUCUCUCGUUCACUAUCACUUCUGCCCUCAUAACUCUUGCUUUCCAUCCCUCUUUCACAGGUAUACUUGUCUCAAUGGGUGAGGCCCACUGAUCCAGUAAUCCCUCCACUUCCCCUCCACUUCCCUGCCCUCCUCUUUUCUUCACAACGGUGACCCUCCCUGUAAGUUAACAUGGCAUCCACCAGUAAACUAUUGGGUCUGGCUGAAAUGGGGCUGAAGUGUGACCAGGAGAUCGAGAGGCGAUACGAGAUUGUGCCGUCGGUGGUCUGCUCCAUGUGCUGCCUCUUUGGGAUCAUCUAUUGCUUCUUUGGUAAGUGAUGAUACAGUCAAAGUUUUACCCAUUAGGUUUAAACAGCUACUCUCUGAAAUAUGUCUAAAAAGUGUUCAUGCAUUAAAUGAAAGCGCUGAAAAGUAUGAUUUAAUUAAAAGCUUGAAAUUGCUCAUGUAUAAUUUCAGUAUCUGGUGUCUAUGUGUUGAAAUACAGUUUGCACUCCUGCCUCAUUAUUUGCUGUGUACAGCACCAUCACGACAGGCUAAUGUAGCUGUCACUGUGGUAAAACCAGAUAUCUGUCAACUGAAAUGGUUUCCAGUUUGGCUUAUCUUUAAAGGAGCAGUCUGACAUUUUGUGAAACAAGCUUGUUUAUUUUAUUAUUUUCUUUAAGCAGCUCUUCUUGUCUUCAACCUGCACAUUACUCUGCUGUCCAUAUCCCACCACUAUCAUCCUGAUGCUCCUUGCCUCAAAUUAAAAACCCUGCUAUUUGUUUACAAAACUCAGCUCACAACUCUCUGCCAAUGAAAGGCACCAGGUGCUCCAGUGUUUUAACAGAUUUUGAGAUCUUUAUUGGAUUUGAUAAGUGAGACUGAUUUCCAAACUCUUUGACCUUGAAAAUUAUUUGGGGGGCUUUCAACUGGACUGAUUCAUGCAUCAAAUGAAGGGUGUGCAGUGUUGAGUGCACUGGCAGGCCAUGGCAGCAGCUUACAGCAGGGUGGAAGCUCCAACUGCGGACAGAGAUUCAUUAUCAAGAUUACAGUCUUGUGUUUUUUUCACUUAAUACCCUUUGUUCACUGAAUGACUACAGUGGAAAGUGUUUUGACUGUCUUUUUCAAGAAGAAAACACUUCAGGAACUCUUCCCCUGAAACUGAUGAGGCACUUUGUGCCCAUAUUAUAACAGGACCAAAGGUCUCCAGCCAGACUCUUCUCCUUUAUAGUCCACAGUUGAUGGGAUGAAAAGCCGGAUCAGGGACACCUGCAUAUAGGGCUGGGUGAUAAAACAAUAAUGAUAUACAUCGAAAAUUGAUUUCCCUCAAUAUCAAUAUAAAACAUGGUCAAAAUCCUUUUUGAUAGUCGGCAUUCUGUCAUGUUUUGGUAGACUAUACAAAUAGCCAAUGAAAAGGGGAGUUGCUCCGGGUCCAUUUCACGCUGAACCAAUCAUGUGCUGAAUUAGAACCAAGUAGUAGACAACUGUGUAGUAGCAGGCUGCAGCUACACUCAACCAUAGCACUUUAACACGUGAAGCCGACAGCACUGUUGGUGAGAAAAAAAAGAAAACGAGUGCUACCCCCGGCAGAAAUGCACAUUGAGGGCUCUAUUUUCGUGCCUCGCUGGAGACGUGCCGCAGGCGCGGCUUAAGUCAGGUCCGCCGCGCCGACAAGGCGUUCCCAAGCACAAUUUGGUAUUUUGGUGAGCAGCGCAGCCCGGCGUAAGGUUCCCCCCUCCCUAACUCAGCUCCUCCCAGUGGCGUAAGUCGCAGCGAGGGAGGAGAAAGGGCGUGGAGUGGGUUUAACACAGCCGAGACCUGUUUUCACCAAUCACAUCAGCUCCUCUCCUUGCCUUUAAAUCCGCCACAUGCGAGGCGUAUUACAAUUUUCAUGAAGUAGUCGAAGAGAUCAAGAGAUGUCUGAAGACAGUAAUGCCACACGAUGGCGACAGAGGGCAGCUCCUCAACAAGUGUCACUGUAAGCACUGCAUUGGGCGUCCUCCACACUCUCUCAUCUGAGCACAGAUGGAUUUGAUGUGUGUAAUGUUGGACCCACUGGUAAGACAAACACCCUUUUCCACAAAUAAAGACACGCACAUAAAGUUGCCUAUAUUCAAACCUCACAUGACAAAGGUGGGUUGUGUGCACAGAUCACAUCAUAAACUCCAAAAAUGGCAUUAAAAUCUGAACCAUCUGUGCGUAAAUGACAUAGAUGUCAUAGAUGUUGGCAUAUAAAAUAAAUUUGGCCGACAAAACUGAAUAUUAUAAUAUCCGUUUGUCGGCUUAAAGUAAAUAACUCAUCUGAGCACUGAAACAAAUCAUCUGUUCAGCCGCUGCAGGACGGAGAGAGGACACGGAGACAUGUCCAGGUCGAGCUGUGCGAGUGACAAAGGCCCUCAAGAUGAUGAUAUUGAGGUCAACUAAGUCAAUUACAUGUGAAUUCAACAACUCUCACCGUCAGCCACCUGGAUCCAUGAAUUUUUGUCAUCAUAACAUUUUAACCAGCCAGCAUUCAGGGGGUUUUGUAUACUUACUCAUCAGAGUUGUGCAGCUAAGUCCUUUUCCCUUUACUAGAAUGAUUAAAAUUUCUCCUCUUAUGCUGUCUCCAAACCUCAAAGUUAACAUGCAGCCCAUAAAGUGUGCUUCAUAGGUCAUUUCAUCUGUGUAAGGAAAUUAAAUGAAGUGCCUUAAAAUGAUGUCUUUGCAUAGACACAGUUUCAUCAAAAUCUAAAAAAAACAAUUUGGAGAGAUGCCGUCAGAGUAAUCAUUGGAAAUCAUCAGAGCUGUGUAAUCCUUCAAAAAACAAAUUAGCAUAUUGAACAUGAGGUUGAACUGCAUAUUUACAGUUUAUCUCAUCAGGAAAAUGCGUAAUUUCCUAACAGCUACCUUGAGUUAUCUUAACCUACUGUGCUUUACACAUUUAAAAGCUGCUCAGGUGUGUUUUACAAUGUAAACAUCCUUUUUACCAAAGAAAAAAAAAGUAUUCAGGCACUGGUCUUAUAAUCAAAAGGGAAAAAAAAGGACGUCGGCCAGGAGCAUAAAUGACAGCCUUGAUGGAAACACCAAAGGAGGCACAUGUAGCUGUGAUAUAUUUCCUGGACGUGUUAGUGCCAGGAAAUAAUUGGAAGUGCUGAAACAUGCAGCCAAAGAGCCCUGAAAUCUCCACUGUUUAUCAUUUUUCUGUCAUUUCUAUUUCACUCGGCUCAGCUGCUGUAUGAUUUUAUUGAUUCAAGAGGAGUACAGGAGAGGUUGCUUUCUUUCAGGCUGGGUGAAUCAAUUUUAAAAUCCCAGUCCAACAGACAAGGCUACACUGUGAUAGUACUUUAGCAUUCAGUAUUAACUUUUCUUCAAUAUAAAGAUCAGACUACACCACGGUGAACUCACAGAGUUACACCAAAUCCUUAAAUCUACAUCACACUUACACACUCUCCCUAACAGAUGUCAGACUUAUUAGACCCCUGGACUCCCUGCUGGUGUUUAAAGAGAAAAGACAUCUUACUGUCUGCUGCUUAUUUAAAGACAUCCUGUUUCUGUCAUUGUAAUGCUGCAGCAGUAACAGGCAGAGAAAAGGGAGCACAGAGUUUAAUGAUGUGAAUCCCCUGUUGUUCUGGUUUUGAUUCCUCCGUGCAAACACAUUGACUCAUACUGUAUGCAAAGGUCAUUUCACUUAUUAAGACAUUUGUCCUUUGCAUGAGGCUUGAUUUCUUGACCUGUGAGUGACCGUUUUUAUUGCAUCAAACUCAUCAAAGCCUCAUCCUAAUACAUUUAGAAGUUAAGCCAUUACAGGAAUGUGUAAUCAAUGAAUAAUUAGAGAGAAAGAGAUCUGUUAUAAUGGUUGACAUGAGAGUUUAUCAUCAAGGAAUAUUUAAAUCCCCAUGAAAACGGCAAAUAAUGACAUUUAAAUCAGAAUAUUCGAUGCAGCUUUUCUACACUGGUACAAUUGAUUUUAGUGAAUUACUUAGAGAUGUCGAACAGCAAUGUUUAUUUAUUUUACUGAAGCCUCUCCAGUCGGUGUUGCAGUGAAUUUGUUUGGGUUGAGGCUUUGUAAAUUGAUAGAUUUGGGAGAACUUCAGAGACAGACCCAAGCAGCAAAGAUCAAACUGCAUGCAAAUUAAAAAGUAGUUCUUCAGUAUACAAAGUAGAAAGACUUGAAUGCUCUCCUGCUGCAUGCAGGUGAAUGCCUUGCAGUCCUCAUUAAGUUCUGUGUUACAAUUCUCAUUUUGACAGCAGAAAUAAACAUGUUUGAAGCCUGUUACAAAAGAUAGCCCUGCUCACAGUAACACAUUUCCUGCCCAUGGAAACUGUGGGGGGUGAAUAAUUUAUAACUCAUCCAUUUCGAUUACAGCAAGGCCCAGAGUUAUGCAUUAAACUAAAUAAUAAGGGGCACAGUGGCAUGAGUGACAGUCAGGCCAGGAGGCUUAAAGGUGGGGUAGGCAGGAUUCCAUUAAAGAAGCAACUUUUUUGUGGUGUAUGUACAAAAAAGCUUUUAAUAUCAGUCAAUAGGUAUUAGUUAUUGAUGACAUUUGGUAAUAUAACGAAUCAUUGCAUUUUGUCAUAUCUGUGUAGUCAACAUUUUAAAUUUUUUGAGAGGCCCGAUCUGUCUGACUGUAAACGAAGCCAUUCUCCGCCUCCCCCAACCUGACUGGUUGUAAGGUGGACGCUGCUCCCCCGUGUCGUUCACGAGCCCAAACAAAGUUAGCGUGUUACAAUAUCGGACAGUAGAAACUAACCAGAAAGUACAGAAAAUUGUCUGAAUCAUCCUUUGGCCACAACUGCCAACACAAGCAAUAAAACAAAGUAAAUACCGGAGACUGGCAGGAUGACGGGCGCUUAAAAAGGAGGUAGACCAGACAAGAGCUAAAAAGCCAGGUCAACCUCAAUGAAACAUAGGCGCUUCAGGAUCUUACAGACCCUAUAACCUUUUCUGCUGGACAGGUAAACCGCUUGAACAAAGUAAGUCCAGUGUCUGUAACUGAAGUGUUUCUUGUGAAACAAGACCUGCUGCGUGUUGUAGCGCCACUAAACUGUUGACCUCGGGUCCUGGACUAUGUCACUUUAUCCUUGUUUUGGAAGUCCUGCAAACAUUAUGUUUGCUGGUAGUCUGUUGGCAUCUACAGUAGCACCAAUGCUUUUUACUUUCAUGUUGGCUGGGCCCCAUUUGUAAUCAUCUGAAGUAUUUAUCUGGAUUAUAUCAGAAUUUAAUUGAAACGAUACGAGCGAGCAGGAGCCUGUUUGUGGGCGGGGCUUUCUGGAGCAGAGAGGGAGGGGAGAGGAGGAGCUGAGGGGAAAACUGGUUUGGAGGGAUAGUGUUUACAUUCAAGAUUUCUCCCAAAAACCGGCACUUCCUCAGAUCCUGACUACCCCACUUUCAAGGCCUGCCUUAGCUCCAUCUCUCUGCCUGACAUUUAAAAUUAGGUUGAGUCUUAAUUUCAAAUAUUUUGACCGUAAUCUUUGGGUUUUAUAAUUCCUCUAUUCUAGAAAUUGCUGGAUGAUUUUACUGAGACCACACAGUCUGUGGUUUUAGCAAUUUUGGCUGCCUGUGGACAAAGGGUUAUCUCUGUUGAUCCUCUCUGGUCCAUGUGGGAGUUUAUGUCUGUUUUUUUAUUUAAUCUUUUUUUCAACAGUAAACUUCAUCAGCCAAUGUAAGUCUUUGCUGUAGAUAAUGUCAACAAAGUCUGUUCCUACAUUACACUGUAACUCACUUUAUUUGACACCUAUCUGGUGGCAAAUAACUGUGGAGAUAAUAGGUUUUAUCCCAAAUCACCUUGUUUUGUUGCAUUUGGAGGUUACAGAAAAGCACCAGCUUUAAUAUCAGUCUGUUACAUAACCAGUUAAAAUAUUCCCACAGGAGCUGUAAAGUAAAGCAAACAGAAGCUCAACAUUCAGAUUGUUUGUGUUUUGUGCUAAUUGGCCAAACCAUAACCUUUAAUACAUCCCAUAAAAAUCACAUUCAUCAAAACUCUAAAUAUGCUGUUUACCCUGCAGACGUGAAUAUUUGUUAGUAUCUGUUCCACCAGGGGACACUGACAUCAACAUAGCAAAAAAAACAUCUGUUAAGGGAAAUGUAAUGUUACAAAACUGGGAAUAGUGCUGUCAAGAUUACAUGUAAACUGUAAAUUUUGGGGGGCUGUUUUUGGAUGAAUAUUUAUGUAAGUUGUAGCUCUGAGCAGAUUUGUUGCAUACAAAUAUGCAGACCCUGACUCAUUGGAGCAUACAAGUGCCAUUAACAUUCAUUGUAUAUGUCCUGGUAAAGCAUCAGCAGCGUCAGCUCCUGCAUCACAAACAAGUUUCCCAACAAGUUUAUUGUACAAGGUUGACAGCAUGCAGUAAGAGUCUGAACAAAUAGCUGGGUGGAUAAAAAUGUGGAAAACAUUGCUUUUGUUCAUCCUCACUGCAGGGAUGGAAGAAAAUGGCAAGUUGCCCUUGACAACGGUGUUGUAUCAGCCUUAAGAUCUCUCUUCUUUUUAUAGCAUGCUAACGGUACAAUCGUGUCAGUUAGCAAGUUAAUUAUCAUGCAAGCUAAUUAAUGUUAUCUCUAAAUGCCCAAUUAACACCAGCUCUGAGAGCCUCCAGUCAGUCAGCUCAUCAAAAGGUUGUUUGGUAUGUUUCCAAAGUAAAAUCUCAGCAAAGUGUCAAAAAACAAGGAGAAAUGGCACCAUUAUACUUCGAAAGCAUGAUCUCUUCAGUUCUUUACCAUCUGUUAUCCGUUUGUCCGUUUGUUAUCAGCAAACUUUGACAAAAAAGGAAGACAAAGAGGCUCAUUUUCACCUUCAGCACCACACUUUGCUCUAUAACCCUACAAGAUCACUUUUCUGCAAAUAAGACACAGUGCAUUCUGUUGACAUUUCACAGACACCCCACAGUCACACUUGAGAAACCCUGGAGGAAAAGCUCCUUCCUGUUGGUUUCUUACGGGUUAGAUUGAGUCCCCCUGCUGAUAGAUGCCUCGAGCUAUUGGAUUUUUAGAUGAAAGGUUAGCCGCCAUUUGUUUUCAUCAGGAAGGAUAUAGGAAGUUGCAGCAGAUAUGAUGAGUGAUGUUACAUUGAGAAGAUGGAUGAGGCCAAAUAAAAGAGAGGGGAAUAAAGGGGGGUGGGGGCUGGAUCAGUCAGAGUGAACAGAUGGGAUGGAAGGUUUGAGGGCUGGGGGAAAGUAGGGGAGGCAAUGAGGAACAAAAGAGUUGAGUAUCAGGGUAAGCAGAAGAGUGGAGCAGUAGUGGGUUAGAGUAAGGAAAUAAGGGAAGUGCACAAGGAGAGAGGAUGAGGAGCAGCUGAGGAAGAGCAGAAUGUUUCAGGCGGUAGUUUUUGAUGGCUGGAGACUAUCCAAUGUGGAAAGACAAUCUUUGUAAUUUGUGGUAGCUGUUGACAAAAUUAAUUUUCUGUCCUCAAUGUCAGAUUUGUGUUCUCUUGUGUUCGGCUGAAAGAGAUCUAGAAAGAGCUUCAUUCAUGAGGGAGGUGCAUGGACAGAGGGUUGGAUGAGAAGAAGAGUAUUGUGUGGCUCGGCUGUGCAACGCCUGAUUACACAAAGAUAACAAUCUGAUGUUGGUUCCCCUCGAGACGCAGUCCAGUCAGACGGAGACAGAAGAAAACAGAGCGAGAAAUAAGAGAAGACACAGGCAUUAAUAAACACAGAGGCAAGCUCAUGAGAUCUGAACUGUUGAUAAGUUGAAAUUCUUUGGCGGUCAGAGUAAAGCGCAUAAAAAUGGAAAUAAAGUGAUGAGAGAGGAAAACCAAGGACAAGGGGGGACAAUGCAAAGAGGGGAGAGAAAGGUGGAGGGAGAGCAGCUGUUCUGUUCAGAGAGGCUGUUGACAAAUGAAUGUGAAUGACCUUUUGUAAAACAAUGAUUAUGCACUUUAAAAAAGCUUCAUAAAGGCUCAUGGAGACUAUUUAUCCCCUCUUAGCUGGACUUGCAAUGAGGUUAUAUCUCUGCAUGUGCGGAUAAAGAGCUCCUUGACAGUUAGGGCAAAUUAAAACUAUUAAUUGUUCGGCUGUGCUUCAUUAUCCCUUCAUAUAAAACGUAAUCCUCUUUGUUUAGAUGUAAUUACACUCAUUAGUUUUCAGUGACUUAUGUUUGACUCAAAGCAACCUUUAUUGUUUCAUGAAGUAUAUGUGCUUUAUUUUUCAUUCUGAUGCCAGCAAAAGAACUCGGGACAAGAACAACAAAACACUGACAAAGCUGUGAAAUGUUUAAAAAACUAUCCCCUUACUAUCUGGGUUGAUUUCCAACAGGUUAGUAACAUGACUAGGUAUUAAAAAGGGGAUUCCUAGAGAGGCUGAUAAUGUUCCUUGGUGUAAAAUUGCAACACGAUGACAUCUUGGCUGCUGUGGGACCUUUUUGUAUAUGUUGACAUUGGCGCCCCCUGUAUACACAGUUUAUACCUGUAAUAUAUUGUCCUGUUUUUGUGGAAGUUGGAGGUUAUGGCCACAAUUGAACCAGCAAUUGCGCAGUACGUUUACAUGAGACUUGAGAAAACCGAGUUAUUGCCUUACUCUGAUUCAGACUGGACACCUGCAGUGCAUGUAAACACCUUAAUCCGACUAUAAUCGGAGUUUGAACACUUAGAUUGGAGUCGGUGAACUCCAAUUAAGACACCAAGAUAAUGCGAUUGGAAUUCAGUUUUCUCAACCUUGUAACCAGCGUAGUCGGAGUAUGCUUGAACAAUGCAUGUGCACGUGACCCCGGAACACAAACACCAGAUAAGAAGUGAUGAAAAAAGUAGCGCGUACAUUAUGUACAACAAAAACAACGCAGUACAUUGAUCCAUCUUUUUGCUUGAAAAUGCCCAGCAGCAGUUGUAGCCACUUCUGACGUCUGGCACGGACCUGCUGUUGUUGCUGACAGUUGUAUGGGGUCAACUGGAAAGAGCGCCGCUGAAAAGACCCAUAUCGCCCCCUAGUUUUGGGGAGGAGGACAUGUUCCCGUCAAUAAUUCGAUUUUCUCAGCUGCAUGUAUACGCAGACAAGGAGAGAAGUCUGAUUCGGCAAAGUAAACAAACUAUGAGCUUAGUCCGAUUAAGCUGUGCAUGUAGACGCACUGAUCAUGACGGGGACUUUAGCCUUUGUACAUGGGGCAUAACUGCUAACCACUAAGCUAGCUAGAGGUUGCAGCUAGAUUUAAAAGUAGAGUCCAGGGGCCUCAUGUAUCAAUGCUGGCGGCGCCAGAAAACCUUGCAUUCGCCAAGAUCGGCGCAAACGUCCAGAUUUAUCAUCGCGACACGAGCGUCGGUUCCAGCGCAAAUCCACGCAAAGUGAGGAGGUGGUGAAGAAGUUGGCGUUGAGCCGAUACUUGCGUUAACGGCACUUUGGCGACACUGUGUGGCGGUGUUUGGUGACUCACUAUGUGACAAGCGAGCACCACAUCCCCGUGGCCGAGCAGAACAUCGCCCCACAUGACGAACCAGCAGCAGACGGAGGGAUGCGAGCUGAUCCCUGCCGGGCCGCCGUCCUCGCGCGGGAGAAUCUCAUCACCACAAUGUGAAUGGGUAAGAAGUGAAUACACAGUUCAAUGAGCCAAAUUAAUUUAUUUUCGCCACCAGACGCUCGAGGACAUUAACGAGCUGGUCCAGCCGCUCGUUGAUCCCCGCAAUCCCCCUGAUGAUUUCUUCCUGCGAUUGCAGGACCGCCUCCGUGAGGACCCUUCCACUGCGUCCGGGUGGUCCAGCGGAACUGCGCGGCUGGUGGACGCUCCACCGCUUGUUGGCGCGCUGGUGCUGGUGCUGGUGCUGGUGCUGGUGCUGGUGCUGGAGCCGGGGGCCGGGGUGGCCCGAAUGCCGCUGGUCCUGGCCGACGACUCCGAGCCGGCGGACGGGCUGCCGCGGGCCGGGGUUCCGCAAGCCGGCGACACGGCCGACACAUUGAUUUCUGUGACACAAUAAAAAUAUUGGUUCAUUUCAAUUCCUGCUUCUGUGUAUCUAUUGCGUUUACAUCUAUGGCAAAGCAUGUGGACAUUUGUGUGACACGCCACUCACCCUCUGGCAGGCUGUCUGAGUCGCCGCGGGUAGCGGCGACAAUCCCCCCCACAGAGGCGCCCCCCAUAAUCGCCACCACCCGCUGCUCAAACGGCGUGAGGGUCUCCUCCCCCGGACCCCCACCUGUCUGGCCGGUACUCCUCUGGAGGGCAGCUGUACACCGCUUGACCUCCACCUUGAGGUCCGACCACUUUUUUUUAAUCUCCGCGGGGGUGUGUGUCUCGGAACCCACCACGUUCACCCUCUCGCAAACUUUCUCCCACUCCAAGCGUUUUCGUUUUGCACUGACACCACUGGACAGGCUGCCAAACAAUACACACUGUCGCUCCUCCACCUCGCACGCCGUAAAUUUCGUUUUUCUUGUCAUUUUGUCUGCGUACGAGGACAGGAAGACCCUAUUUAAAUAAAUCUGCACAUUUAUAGGUGGGCGUAACGGGGGCGGGCCCGGUCACUCUGACAUCUGCGCUCAAUUCCAAGCUGAUUGGGAUUUAUCAAGGAAACACACGUGGCUUUCGGCGCCCGCACACCUUGAUACAUACGAAUUUUUUUCAGCGUGACGGACCUUGCGUGCGCUCGUUUCCGGUAUGAGUCCCACGCAAGUGUUGAUACAUGAGGCCCCAGGACUCCAGGAUAUAAGGAAACUGGUCAAAUUUACAAACGGGGACAAAAAAGAUGUUUGAAUUCUCUCAACAGCUUGUUUCUAUUUUUCAGUCGCUUAUAAGUGCACAGUACAGUCCGGAUGUUUUAUUAAAAUGGGGAUCAUUAGUUACAAGGAGCCCAGCUGCACAGCAUGGAGCAGCAUUUGUAUGCUUGUGACAGCCUCACAGUGGUCUGUUCCUCUUUUCUCCUGCAGGCUAUCGAUGCUUCAAGGCCGUGUUGUUCCUCACAGGCCUCAUGUUCGGCUCCGUGGUCAUCUUCAUGCUUUGCUACAAAGAGAGGGUGAUGGACACUCAGCUCAGUGUCGAGGCAUCAGUGGGCAUUGGCUUGGGCAUCGGAACCCUGUGUGGGCUUGUGACCAUGUUGGUGCGCAGUGUGGGACUGUUUAUGGUGGGCCUGCUGUUGGGCCUGCUGGUCGGAGUGGCUUCACUGGUGGUGAGGAGACAUAUUUGAUGUACUUUCAUUUGCAAUUUUGUCCUUUCCUCUUUUUUAUUAAAGCACAUAUUUUCCCUCAUACAGCUGUUGAUUUUUAUUCAUCAGCUGACCUUUUAUAAAUCUGGCAAACUCUGCAGAAGGUGUUCAGAUAUAUUCAUUUAAACAGACUUUUCAUGAGGCACUUGAAACAUGAACUGAAAAUACCACACUGCCAAAUAAAAACUAACCCCUGUCUCUAUUUGGAAGGUAAUGGAGGAGUUCUACCAUCCACGGACAGUGUGGGUUCCCCUGGGUAUCCUCCUAGGCUCUGGGACUUUGUUUGCUGUCCUCACCCUUCAGUGGCAGCGCUGCUUUGUCACCUUCUCCACUGCCACAUUCGGCUCUGCCAUUAUUACCGUCACCGUGGAUUACUUUAUAGAGCUGUUUGCCUUGGUACACUACGUCUACGAGAGACUCAGGGUAGGCCUGUUUGUGUGUUUGGGUGUGAGUGUUUUUUUUUUUUCUUUUGGUGCUUUUUUCUGUAUUUUUGACAGGUCAUGUAUACAGCACCAGUGGGAUUCAAUAUCAAGUUGUUUGCCUCGGUCAGCAGCUUGCUUUUGUGUAUGUUUGCAAUUGAGCAGGAGUCCAGCCGCCAGUUUGAAGGCUUACAAAUGAGAUCUGUGAAAUGGAGUUCAGUUUACAAAAGCUGUCUUUCCUGAGUCUGCAGGUUGGAAUUAUGAGGAGGUUAAAGGGAUAUUCCAGCGUAAAUUUAAGUUAUGGUCAAACACACCGUAACACCAAGUUAGACACCCCCUCGAGAGAUGAAUGUUGCUGACCGCUUGAUUCUCUAGUUCCAACAACUUCAGCAACGACCGCACAAUAGCAAUGCACAGUGGUCUACGUCUCCACAUGCAAACCUCAACCAAAAAGCCACUCUAUAGAUACAAGUAAUGCUCAGAACAGCACCUAACUUCAUCAACAGUAUAUAUAGGGUCCCAGCCAUAGCACUAGCCAUCAAACAUCUUUUUAACUUUGCCUGACUUCUUUAGCAAAGGGACUAAACACAACUCACCCAUUCUCCUCCAGCAGCCGCUUGUUUGUGGAGGAGCCCUGACGAGUCGAUCACCGCAGCGGAUCAUUUCUUUGAAUAAUCAUCAUAAUAAUCAUUUUGCACUGCAGACACGGUAGUUCUUCUGCCUUAGUGUCUUGUUCUGAUUGCAUUUCCAUGAAGUAAUGAUCAUAAAUGUUCUUCCUUGAGCUGCGAAACUCUGCUGUUCGAUGGCUAGUACUAUGGACCUUGAAAGAUGUUGUAACUUAAAUUUACGCCGGAAUAUCCCUUUAAAUGAAUACUUCAUUAAUACUUGAUUCUGACAGGGAGGUCUGUGCAUUUAUAGGCAAUGUGGAUAAAACUUCAGCUUGAGCAUAUUUUGACAAGUGACAGAAAGUAAGACAGUCAUUUUAUGGAUUCAGUUUAAAAGCAGUUAAAACUAUCCAGAGGUAUUUAACUCAUGGAAUAAAAUUGCUCAAAAGUCAAAGCACGUCAUCGCACUCAGUUAAUGCAGUAUGAUCAUAAAACAGUCCUGCACAAACUACAGUCACUGUGGAGGAAGACAGAGCUACCCCUGUCUUCAAAGUUUAUGCUAUUGGAAUCUCUUUUGCUAAAAUAUCAGCCCAUCUGUCUCUGGAUGAUGACUCAUAUCACCCAAAUGCUGGCAUGAACAUCAGAAGUUUCAUAAAGUACCUCACGAUCACUCAGAAAUGGUGGCCAGACAGACGGUGAGCAAUCAGCUCCGCUCCUGAUUUCACUGCUGAAGUCCUUCUGUCAAAGUCAAAAAGGUAAUCAGUCAGUUUGAGGAGGAAAAACUUCCAGAGAGUGUAUGUUUUUUACUUGGACAUGAGUUUUACUCCUUUGAGUCUGAUUUAUAUAGAUGGGUGCAUUUAAGUUUGUCCAUUUGCUGCUCUUAGUCAAUCAAGUCAAUCUUUUUGUCAACCAUUAUCACACCCAUGACACUUUACAGGUACUUGUUUCCAUGUGACUGAUAUAACAGAGGUAAUCUUUGCAGGUGGCACCCAAGCGGCCUGUGUGCUGGUUUACCUGGGUCAUCUUGGGGGUGUGGCCUGUCCUGGCUUUACUGGGAGUGCUGAUCCAGUGGAAGGUCACAGCAGAGGGAUUUUCUCACACAGAAGGUGAGUGAUGCUGCUUCACACGCACAGGCAGACUUUUAAUAAUAGGUUUAAAGUCUGACUUUCCACACAGGUGUUGUAGGAAAAGCAAUUUUACUGCUUUACAGCAGGAUGUAUUUAGAUUUUAUAGAGAUGUAAAGGGCUGUAUAAUCAAGAUACAGUGGCUCAUUGUGUAAUUAAACCUGAAAGACAGAGAAUUAAAAUGAUUUACAUGCUCUUUGAAGUUCGAACAUGAUAAAACACCAAAGCACAACGCUGUUUUUCUAAAAAAGAGACUUCAUUCUGAGAUAUUGAGCUAUUUAUAUUACCUCUGAGUUAAUCAUGAUCUCUAAAAAAAGAAAAUAUAAGCAGUGAAAUAAAAAUUUAACAACCAGCCUCAAACUGAACUCUGCAGUCUUUGCAGGUGAGUGUUGAGGUCAGGUGAUGUGGAGAGGCAGGUCUCCAGCAAGUUUAGACAAUCCAUAAAAAUUCAGGACCCUUUGUGAUGGAGAAAUGUCUGAGCGAAGGGACGGAGAUGAAAAGUGUGUCCUUGUGAUAUGUCAAACACACACGCGCACACACAAAGAGGAAAAAACUUUGAUCGUUUCUCAAAGAUUUUCAUCAAAUCUAAACGAAUAAACAUCUCAUGUAUAAACAGUUACCUGCACCGAGGCUGUCCACUUUGUGCUGAAUAGAGCUAAAGCCAGACACAGCCGCUGCUCCUACCUGUAAGUGUGAGUGAUGGAUGAGCUCUGAAACAGCUGAAUCAAGUGAGAGUGCGCUCUCCUCACCGUGUCUGCUCAAACUUUAUGGUAAUAAGAGCCACAGCCCCACAGCCACAGGCUGUAGUCAAGGCCAGUGCAGACUUGUUAGAAAAUGUUUAAAAAUAUGUUUGAUCAAGCUAAAAUCACACAUUUGUUCAGGCAGGGAGGAAUAAUCUGCAGGGUCUGUUUUUCAGCCUUAAUAUUGGAGUGUGGAUCACAGAUAAGAAUCAGCUUAUGUCAUGCACCUCGAAGCCAUGUAACAGAAUUUAUCACAAAUAUCACCCAUCUCCAUGGCAGCGGCUGUGCACUGAAGGAGGGCUGUUGCUGUUAUAUUCACACUAUAGAAGGUGUUUAAGUCGCACAUGCUGGAAGUGUGCUGUACAGCUGCACUGAACCCAGAUUAGGCUUUUAAAUGUGCAGCUUUUCAGCAAAAUCACAUGUUAGUUUUUAUUCAGUUUAAUCACUUUUGUCAGUAUGUCAUGAUGAGGCUGUCAGUAUCAGUCUGACAAAGGUAACUACAGGCUGGUCCUAUUUAAUGAGGAAUAACAAAUUGAUGAUUGCAGUGUAUGUGCUGUGCAUGUGCGUGUGUGUAUGUCUGUGUCUUUCUGUGUGUGUCUGUGGGUGUGUGGGAGGUUCUGAGACAGCAACAUGAGUGUAGUCAGCAGAAUGUGAUAUUGAUGGAAACAGCCUUUUCUGAGCGCAGGCACAACACAGAUGGCUAGAACACGCAAACACACACACACACACACACACACACACACACUGGGGGCACACAGUUUAAAUGCAGUACACAAACACCAUCACAACCCCACAAACACAGACAGCCAUACACCAGGGUAGAGUUUCUCUCCUACAUCCUAACUACAGGCGGACUAAAACACCCACACUCAUUCAUUUGCACAAGCAUACACACAUUAAGUCUUACAUUUGAUCUUUGCUGGCGUGUGAUGUGCAGAGUUAUACUGUCUUAGAAGAAGUCACACAUGGCCUCAAAUAAUGGGAUUAAACAGCCAGCUGCCGUGGCUUCCAGUCAGAGGGUGUAGGCAAAGAGAUAGAGGAAGCUUUUCAGCACUAUUUUAAAAAAUGUACAAUUGCUUGUGUGGGAGAGAGACCUAGAAAUGGAUAGACAUGAAGGAGGAACAGGCGAGCAGAAAACUGCUUUAAGUGGAAGAGUCAGUCCCCCAAAAUUCUGGAGACUUUACUGUCUUUACAAAAAAGAAGACCUGUUUAAAAACCUUAAGCUGUCACAGUGUAGCCACAAGAUUAGAAAAUAAUAUAUUUAUACUAUAUAUGCGUUAUAGUACCAGAAAGGACAUUGAUCUCCCCACUGAGUUAUGGAUGCUAUAACAUAACACAUACAGGAAAUGCACAAACAAGGAUUUUUAUUUUUAUGGCACUGAUGGAGGGAUAUCAGGCUGGGUAGCAAAGAUCCCUGAGGAUGAGACAGUCCAAAAAAGAACAGCUCCUUGUGACAGUUCAAAGACGUGUGUUUGCAAUAUAUAUUUUUUUCUAACAGUUCCUCUUCUAUUCUGCUAAAAUGGUGAAGAAUUCUGCUGGAAUUGCAAUAAACCAUCUUUCCAGGAUCAGGCAAAACCACAUAGACAUAAAUCAGCAUGAUAAGAAUGAACUAUAAUGUUUAUUAUUUUCCUGGUUUGACGGUUGAUGUAUUUGUGAAAGUGGAGGCGGCAGUCUAUAAGAUCUAUACUGCAGUCAAACAACAGAGGGAGCUCUAGUUCUUUGGCUUCACAGUCAAUGAGUACUUAUAGCAUUAAUUUUAACUUUACAGUCUAUGACAGACACAUAGUGUAAACAAGCCUAGCUUUGUGGCCAUUAAGUCUUUUCUCUGGCUUCCCUCUGUUUGAUGGCCGGCUGCAAUCACAGAUUGUAUUGUUCAUAGAUGUAGUCUCAGUCACUCAUUUCCUUCUGAAGCAAAGCAUGGCGCCUGUAAGUAGCAGGCGCCAUAUUGGAAAUUCUGGCUCAACCGAACUUUCAGCCAGCCUAUCAUGAGGCAGUUGGUGUGCCCCCCUCGCCAGUCUCUGAUGUCUUCAAAAUUGAUGUUUAAUAAAAAAGAAAUUCACACCCUGUGCAUGUGCACCAUUUUUUUCUUAACCAUGCAGCAAAAGGUUUAUCUUUGCUCUAAAGAUGUGCUUUUUUGAAUGAGUGUGUAUGCAGUUUCUGGAGCUUUUGCUGUCAGCCUCAAGUGGACUCCCAGGGAAGUGCAGUUUUUAGCACUUAAAUGUCAUCCUUCAUGUCAAAAAUGUAACGUUACAGAGAGCAAAAGAAAAAAAAAAAACAGGGAAAAAUGAUUUUAUUCUGUAUCAACAUCUGUGUUGCAUUCACCGCUCCUUACCACAGACACAGCCUGUGAUCAGGAGUAUAGAUUGGGGAAAGAAGUCAGAAUGUUAAUAUGCUUCCUGCAGCUUUGAGAUAAGAGUCAGGCCAGCUCGGGUCAUCACUGCACUGGUCAGAAACCUAUUUUAUUGUACUAAGACUGCAUGGAAUCAUAAAUGAAGUUUUAAUAACCUUGUUCCUUGCUGUCAGAGUUUGUCUGUGGUCUUUAUGCUGCUAAAUACAAUCUUUGUGGCUACAGGCCCUGAACUGGCAGAGAACAGCGAAUGGGGAAAGAAAAAAGGCAAACAGAGGGAGCAGGGGAACUGGGGGAAGGGUGAUUAACUGGGGCACACUGGGAAAGAGGGGCAGCCAAGUGGAGCAGUGAGGAAAACCAUCCGUCUGUCAGCUGAUUGAAUGGCAUGAAUGAAUUAGCUUGCAUGUGUUUGCUUUGUAUUUUUUUGAAGCAUUUGAGGACGAAGAUUAAACGUAUACAAACACAGAUGUUUCUGUUCCUUCUGCACCAUCAAAAUCGUUAUUUUUCACCAGAAUUCAUCAGCCUUACAUGAACUGAACUGUAGUUUUGAAAAAAAAAAAAAGAAAAAAAGCGUCCUCACUUCCAAGGUCUUAAUCCCACCAAUGUCCUCAUAAAGAUAGAUAUUUAAGUAUUCAUACACACACACACAGAGUAGCAUGUCGCCAAAGAGGCCUGCAGUGGGGUGAGCUGAGGAAAAGAAAAGGGGGGUAUCAUUAAGCAGUUUCCCUGGCAGAUGGUGCCUCGUUAGCUGUCCGCCUGCACAAAGAAACAACAAUAGACCUCAUAACACUUCCACACCCACCCACACACACAUACAUCCACACAGGAGCUGUGACGCAUGCAGUACAUCAUGUGUUGGUGGAGUUCAGCAGGGUCCUCGUGCUUGCUGAUAUAGUUUGACCUGACACACUGAACAUGAAACACCAUCCAAUCAAAGCGCUGACAAACUAAAAUAACACAUGUAAUUAAUGGACAGCAGGACAGGAUAGGUUUUGGACCUCCUUUGCUGGGGUGGGUGUGAAAAUAACACAAACACAGUCAACCCACUCACAAUAUGUUUGGAGACUAGGCAGCUCUGUCUGAGUACUGCUAUCCAACUGAGUAAAAUGAGGAAACUCAGGACAUAGACAUGUGGAUUUUGCUUCCUUUGCUUUCUUUUAAAGCCUGUCCUUACAAUAAACUCAACAAGGAUAGCUUCACAUCAGCCUUUAGGUGCUAAUUAAAAUAUUUCCAAAAAUCUGAUCGAAGGUUUCUCUUGUUCUUGUCAGUUUGAAUGACUCUCAAAGUUUCCUUUCCUGCUCACAAGCCAUUAACCUGACAGCUGUAUUUUUCUUAAUCCUCGUUAUUAUCCUUUCCCUUCACUUUCUUUCGUCUUUUUCACACUAUUACAUCUCCGGUCUCUUCCCUCCAGUGGUUCUAAGCCGUCAGCAACGGAGGGUCCAGCUCAUGCGAAUCAAACAGCGAGAAGAGAGGCUGAAAAAAGAGAAAGAGAACAAGAAGAAGAAAAAAGGGCAAAACCAGAAGAGCAGCCACAAGCCGAAAUCCCACACCCAUCAUCACCACCACCACCAGCAGUACCACCACCCAGUGGCAUCCCACCCUCACCACCAAGCCCAAAGCUCUCAGCCUCCCAAAGUCCCUCCUCCCCAGACUGAGCCUGGGUACCACCGGAAGUCCAACCCCAAGAGGCGCUUUGAUGGAGACGUACUGUCACCGGUAAGAAGAAGGAUCAUAUUGUAACUUGUAUUUUUAUGUAGUUUUUACAAUCGAUAGAGAAAAAAAAUCUUUUCUAUUAUUUGCAACAGGCUAAUUUCCUAAAAGAAAAAAAAUUUCCCAAUAUGAAAGAAUAUACUGUACAAACUGUAUACAACUCUUCAUAAUACACAGGGAUUUAAUACAACAGAAUAUGGUACAGUUUUAAUUACCAGGGAUGUAUUGCAAUGCCAUCCGGUACAUGUAGGGGUAUGAGUAUGGUUUUUUAUGACAGGGUUUUGAUCCCCGCAACACAAUACAAUAGGAUGCGAAAUGAUAUGAUAGGAUAUGAUAUGAAACGAUACGAUACAAUGGAUAAUGAAACUAAUCAAUAUACUCGAUACAAAACAAUAUGAUACAGAGCAAUACGAUAUGGUGCGAUACGGUACAUAUGAAAUGAUACAAUACAAAACACUACAAUAAGGUACAAUUGGAUAUGAUACAAUACGACAAGUUAUGAAGCAAAAUGAUACAGUACGGUAAUAUGAUACGAUUGGAUAUGAUAUGAAAUGAUACAAGACAAUACUUUGUGAUAUACUAUAAAAGGAUGCUUUACAUGUGAUGAGAUUUGAAACAAUAUGAUAAGACAUGAUUCAAAAUGCUAUGAUACAAUGUGAUAUGAUUUGCUAUGGUCAGAUACAAGACAAAUAGAUAUGAUCAGGAACAAUCUAAUACAAUCUGCUAUAAUAAAAUACAGAAUCAUGCAAUAUGAUAUGACACAAUACCGUGCUUGAUGACAUAUAAUAUGAUUCACCUCACUGUCUCAACAGGAAGAUUCAUUUUCAACUCAAGUGUUUUUAACUUUGAUAUCAAACUGCCUCCUGUAGAUUCUCAUAUCAGCAAAUAAAAUAUAAGUUAAAACAACAAACCCAUGUGUAAAAAGAGAAGCACAUACACCAUAUAUUGCACUUUGUACAUAUAACACAACAUAAAAAGUAAAAGGGAACAAUAAAACACUGUAAGUGUUGCUGCACAAAACCUACAGCCUCAAGACAUGAUAUGUCAGUCAGAGGCCAGAGAUUUGAUAACAAACUAGCUUAGCUCUCCAGGUAGACUUGUAGCAAUUAGCCCAGAACAUAGACUUGGACAUAACUGUUGAUUUCUCUGAAUGAGGAUGUGUAGUAAAUCAGCGCUCCCAGCCAGCAAAGAGCCCCCGAAAACCUGAAGCAUAACUAACAAACUGUUGUUAUUCAUUUAUUCUUUAGCUUUAAAGUAUUAACUUUCCAGGUCUUACCUGCUGAGUUCUGGGAGGUUGAUGUUGUGUGCUCUGGACAAAGCCAGGCUAGUAUACUUUCAAGUAUCAAUCAGUUACCAAUCUCUGUGCUAAGCUAUGCUCGUAAUCUGCUUACUUGUUUGGAAACUGGUGUUGUUCUUAUUCUGGAUUCAGAAAAAGCAAAUAAGUACAGCCAAGCACAUGGUUUAGCUAUGUCUUUUACAUCGCUGUAAGAGUGAGUCAUGAGGUCACAUCUGUCACAUAUUCUGAACUGAACCCUUUAUUAUCUGUCCAUUCACAGAGCUACAUCAGGAGCUUCAGGGACAGACAAACCGAUAGACGAGCGUACUCCCACAGUCAAAUGAUGAGCCGCUCCCGGAUGGGUGAACUUGACUAUGACUGCGGCUCUCAAGUGCCCCUUACAGCUCCCAGUGGGCCCCCAGUCCGUAUCUGAGGCAGCAAAAUGCACACAUGCCAACUGAACGACACACAAAAUCACACAAGGAUACUGAAACCUUUUUUGACUCUGUUAAGAGUUUGGAAAGUUGACUUUGACUGUGCCAUUGUCCAACUGCCUGGCAACCAACUGAAACUCACUAUGCCUCCAAGGUGGUUCCUCCUGGUCCUGAACUGAUUUGUGUUCAUUCCACUUCUGUUCAGUAUGAAUGUCAAGACUCAAGAGAAGAUCUUUUCCUUGCUGCUAGAGCGAGAAGUAGCUACUGUUGAAGAGGAUGUAGUUGGAUCUUAGACACCAUGAGUCAUCUCAGACUGUAUUUGACGUCAAGGCGCCUGUGUAAUUACUCACAGGGCUAUCCAGUCAGGGGUUCAUUGAAAUGUCUCUUUUGAACAUUUAAAUUAAAUAAAUUCUGGUCGCUUCGAGCCAUAAGAAGCAAUUUCCCAAGAAACUGCAGUGAGGAAGGAUCAAAACACUCCACACCAUUUCAAAAUGCAACUUACAUGGUGUCAAGGUAGCACUGCCUUCAAAUAAAGCUGGAAAACACCUUUACUACCUAAUCUGAACAAUUUUCCUCAAGGAUUUUAUUAAGAGAGGAGAACUGGCAAAAACACAGCUGACACUGCAACAGAAAGGCAGCUCUGCACCAUCAUCUCCUCAGCCCGAAAGUCAGUGCAUGAAGUCAGGUGUUCAGAAAGUCAUCAUCUUCAGAGAAGUCUGACAUUACUCCAGGAUAUAUGACAGGGACUUUUUCCACGGUUGAAGUGAAUCAAACGGUUUUCACUGAAGACAGUUUAAACAUUUCUCCACAGCAAACUCUCCACACGUCAUUGCCUACAGUCUCCACUUACCUCUCAUCACUGUCCUCCGCCCUCAGGUGGCGUUUGUCUUAACCAUGGACCUGGGCUGAAGAAGACACAUCUUCGCCUCCCCUCUCCUUAUUUUCUUGAAUUUCAAUCAUUACAAACUCCUGUUGGUCAUCCAGUCCGCUGACAUGUCCUUCUUCCCCUUCCUUGUUAUCCUAAAGCCAAUUUUUAAUUUCUUUGAUCAAAAAAAGAUAAACUGCUCUCCGCUCCUGCUUACUGUGGACUUUGAUGGAUGAGCUUUUUUUAUUGGUUUGGAGGGGACCACACAUGGCAGAAAAAAAAGUCAAAUAUAGUGUGUUUGCACGUGCCAGUGGACACACUGGCCCUCUGGCAAGUGAUGGAUCGUACCAAAUGUUGGCUAAGGAGAGGGGGGUUUAUUUUAAUGUGUGCAGAACCUGCUGUAUCCCUCUUCUCUGCCAGUAUGGUGGCCUGGUAAAAAAUGUGAAUCCUAGUCUGAAUGAAACAAAACAUGAUGAAAAGAAAGAGGAGUGAUGUUAAGAAAGUGAUGUGUAAAUGUUAAGACAUGGUGAGAAGCUGAAAGCAUUUGCAAAUGGCACCCUCUAAUGUUUACUACUGGACCUUGUUUUUCUAGACUUCCUGUUGACGUGUGCAUAUGUUUGUGUGUACAUGCAUUUGCCUGUGAUUUGCUUUCCAGUUCAAACAUUUCAAUUGUUACACUCAGCAUCCAGAGAGAUGAAGGGGUUAAAUUUGUUCAGUACAAGUGAAUUUUUUUGUUGUUUUGUUUUAUUUGAGCCUCUUUAUACUGUAGUUCCUCACCAUUACCACUACCAAUAUUACAGUAACCGCUCACGUAAAAUGUCACAAAUCAAUGAUCUAUUGACUUGGUUUAAUACGAUCUAUCUGAUUAUUAGAUCUUUUUUAUUUGAAUAAAUCAAAAGUACCACAUUCCUGUACUUCCACACCUGAUGGGAUGUGAUCAACUUGCCUCUGAAGGACCAAUCAUUGCUUACACAACCCAUUAUUGCAUGAGAAUCCUUGUGUAAUUGUUUCCAGUGUGUCAGUGUUUCAGUGUUUCAUAGUUGUCAUGUAAAAAAAACUCAGAUCUGCUGGUUUAUUCUGUUGGUCCCAGGGUGCAGAAAACACAAUCAAAACUGUGAGAGUACACGAUUCUGAAGAAAGACAUGUUUCCAUUUCACUGUAUGUGGCAGAGGAACAUGAAAAUCUCAUUGUUAACAGUGGCCUCAGUGCAGUUUGUAACAUUUCUCGUACAACAUUGUGUGAAUCUUGUAAGGACUAACUCUGAUCUGUUCUGCCACAGGGAACUGAUCCAACUCUCUGUUUUCUUGUUUUUCUCUUUUCUCUCUCUGUUUACAUCAUCCAGGUAAAGGGCUUUGAAAAAGCAUUUGAAUCAUUACCCCACUUGUUAAAAUGCAUCAAGCUGAGGCACCCUCUGUUUUUCUGUCAAUGUUAUUGCAGUUUACUUCUCAGCAGCAAGUGUUAUUAGGGGUUUUCUUCACUCUUCAGUCCUGUUUUUGUUCUGUUUUUUUGUGGGUUUGCUGCACUAACAAUGAUACACUUUGUUUAUCUAGUGGACACUGAAUCAAACCCAUCAGGACUGAAGGAAUAAAAUCGCGCAGCUAUGAAAUUAAACAGAUAAAUCAAAUGAAACACUCUGAAAUGAAAUGUAUUUUGUUGAAUUAGGCGAUAAAUGUAUGCAAUAACAGUGUGUGAUAGAAUUUAGCUGUGAUUAACAGAUGUCAAAGAUUCAGCACAGGUUUUAUUCUAGUUGUUUCAAUUUGCAAACACAAAAUUCAACAAAGUAGAGAUAUGAAACCCCAGCCAUCCUUGUUUGUGAGUUUGGGACCAAAUACACGAGUCGUAUGAGUUUUAUUCCUAUUUUUUCUAAGAGCAUCGUCUCUGCUGAGUAUAUGUUGGGUUAGAGUUGUAAAUACUGGACUGUAAAUACUUUUGAAAUGUACAAAUGCUUUGUUUCAUGUUUACACCAUGAUCGCUCAUGUACUUUGUCCAGCUGAUUGUUUUCUAAUGAUUUAGAGCUGUUUUAUAUUCGGUUACCCUUGUAUGUUAACGUAAUUUAAUUUUGUCUGGGUGGUGGAAGCACUUUUAUUCUUCUUAACCUUCAACAUGUGAUGUUGAACAAACUGAGCCUUCAUUUCUCUUCACUAAUUUAAGAACUUACACUUUUAACUGGCAUUUAAUUUCCCAACCACCCUGUUUAAAUGUCUGCAAAUAAUUUUAUUAUUAUUAUUAUCAUUAUUAUUAUUAUUAUUGAGCAUGAAUUUAUAUGGACCUAAAAUAUGAUAAACAUUGUGAUUCUA